AUGGUCAUUGGGGGCAUGGAGCUGGGGAGACGGGUGAGAGGGAGAGAAGAGUGAGAGGGAGAGAGGGGUGAAAACUGUAAAUGACAAGGGAUCUCUGAAGUCAUUGAGAGGAUGGACCAAUGGCCACACAGGUUGUGUCCCUACCUUAGACACGUUGUAGGGAAAUUGACAAAAUGGCCAUCGAUCUUUAUUGAGACUAGGGCUGAUCUAAUUUGCCCGUUGUUUUUAUGACAUACCAAUCAGGCCUCUGAACACACUGAAAGUAGACAUCGCUCAAAACAACAUCCCCGCUUGGAUGGCACCAAUCAGGCCUCAGAACACACUGAAAGUAGACAUCGCUCAAAACAACAUCCCCGCUUGGAUGGCACCAAUCAGGCCUCAGAACACACUGAAAGUAGACAUCGCUCAAAACAACAUCCACGCUUGGAUGGCACCAAUCAGGCCUCAGAACACACUGAAAGUAGACAUCGCUCAAAACAACAUCCCAGCUUGGAUGGCACCAAUCAGGCCUCAGAACACACUGAAAGUAGACAUCGCUCAAAACAACAUCCCCGCUUGGAUGGCACCAAUCAGGCCUCAGAACACACUGAAAGUAGACAUCGCUCAAAACAACAUCCCAGCUUGGAUGGCACCAAUCAGGCCUCAGAACACACUGAAUGUAGACAUCGCUCAAAACAACAUCCCAGCUUGGAUGGCACCAAUCAGGCCUCAGAACACACUGAAAGUAGACAUCGCUCAAAACAACAUCCCAGCUUGGAUGGCACCAAUCAGGCCUCAGAACACACUGAAAGUAGACAUCGCUCAAAACAACAUCCCCGCUUGGAUGGCACCAAUCAGGCCUCAGAACACACUGCAUAACCACUGCCAUUUACUUUCACCUUGCUAAAAUAAAACAGCUUGUCAGUCAGAGAUACAUUCCUCAAGUGUCUGGCUGCUCUGUGCAAAGACCUGGGUUGUUACCUCUGGGACGGCCUUACCCUGGCCAAUAACCUCAGCUGGCUACAGCUAAUCCAGGCUGACCAUCGGGUGCCACCAGGCUCUUUUAGACCUCUACUACCUUUACCAGUAAACAGGACUCACCAGGCUCUCUCAGACCUCUACUACCUUUACCAACAGGACUCACCAGGCUCCUUCAGACCUCUACUACCUUUACCAGUAAACAGGACUCACCAGGCUCUCUCAGACCUCUACUACCUUUACCAGUAAACAGGACUCACCAGGCUCUCUCAGACCUCUACUACCUUUACCAACAGGACUCACCAGGCUCUCUCAGACCUCUACUACCUUUACCAGUAAACAGGACUCACCAGGCUCUCUCGGACCUCUACUACCUUUACCAACAGGACUCACCAGGCUCUCUCAGACCUCUACUACCUUUACCAGUAAACAGGACUCACCAGGCUCUCUCAGACCUCUACUACCUUUACCAGUAAACAGGACUCACCAGGCUCUCUCAGACCUCUACUACCUUUACCAACAGGACUCACCAGGCUCUCUCAGACCUCUACUACCUUUACCAACAGGACUCACCAGGCUCUCUCAGACCUCUACUACCUUUACCAGUAAACAGGACUCACCAGGCUCUCUCAGACCUCUACUACCUUUACCAGUAAACAGGACUCACCAGGCUCUCUCAGACCUCUACUACCUUUACCAACAGGACUCACCAGGCUCUCUCAGACCUCUACUACCUUCACCAACAGGACUCACCAGGCUCUCUCAGACCUCUACUACCUUCACCAACAGGACUCACCAGGCUCUCUCAGACCUCUACUACCUUCACCAACAGGACUCACCAGGCUCUCUCAGACCUCUACUACCUUUACCAGUAAACAGGACUCACCAGGCUCUCUCAGACCUCUACUACCUUUACCAACAGGACUCACCAGGCUCUCUCAGACCUCUACUACCUUUACCAGUAAACAGGACUCACCAGGCUCUCUCAGACCUCUACUACCUUUACCAGUAAACAGGACUCACCAGGCUCUCUCAGACCUCUACUACCUUUACCAGUAAACAGGACUCACCAGGCUCUCUCAGACCUCUACUACCUUUACCAACAGGACUCACCAGGCUCUCUCAGACCUCUACUACCUUUACCAGUAAACAGGACUCACCAGGCUCUCUCAGACCUCUACUACCUUUACCAGUAAACAGGACUCACCAGGCUCUCUCAGACCUCUACUACCUUUACCAGUAAACAGGACUCACCAGGCUCUCUCAGACCUCUACUACCUUUACCAACAGGACUCACCAGGCUCUCUCAGACCUCUACUACCUUUACCAGUAAACAGGACUCACCAGGCUCUCUCAGACCUCUACUACCUUUACCAGUAAACAGGACUCACCAGGCUCUCUCAGACCUCUACUACCUUCACCAACAGGACUCACCAGGCUCUCUCAGACCUCUACUACCUUCACCAACAGGACUCACCAGGCUCUCUCAGACCUCUACUACCUUCACCAACAGGACUCACCAGGCUCUCUCAGACCUCUACUACCUUUACCAGUAAACAGGACUCACCAGGCUCUCUCAGACCUCUACUACCUUUACCAGUAAACAGGACUCACCAGGCUCUCUCAGACCUCUACUACCUUUACCAGUAAACAGGACUCACCAGGCUCUCUCAGACCUCUACUACCUUUACCAACAGGACUCACCAGGCUCUCUCAGACCUCUACUACCUUUACCAGUAAACAGGACUCACCAGGCUCUCUCAGACCUCUACUACCUUUACCAACAGGACUCACCAGGCUCUCUCAGACCUCUACUACCUUUACCAACAGGACUCACCAGGCUCUCUCAGACCUCUACUACCUUUACCAGUAAACAGGACUCACCAGGCUCUCUCAGACCUCUACUGUACCUAUCUCAUAUUCUCCUCUCAAUCGGUUUUCAGCAGUUGUUUCUGAUCCGAGUCACAGCACCAACGUAACAUGACACCACAGCAGUCAUCAGCAUCACUCAUUGUAGAGGGUUAAUCAAUAUACUACAGCAACAAGAAGAAUACUGAGAUCGUUUCAUCAACACCAGUGUGCAGAGUAGUGACACAUUGGAAUGGAAUCCAUGGAUAUCUAAGACCAACCAGCACUUUACUUCCAAAGGACUAAACGUUUAACAGCAAUAUUGAAUAUAACACCCAAUAACUCUCUUUUUAGUAUAACACCUAAUAACUCUUCAUAUACAGUAUACUCUGAAAUCGCAUAGCGAGAUGGAGAGUGCCUGGUAACUCCAGUGGGGUUCAUAACCAGUUUGGCCGGGGCAGAUUCUAAGGGCCUCGUUUGGUUUGCAAUGCUCAAUCAUUCAAGAGGAACGGCGGAGGAAACAUCGUUCAAGAGGAACGACGGACAGAAACGACAAAUUCAACAUGCAAACCCCCGAAGAAAAUGUGUUUGUUUCAUCACGCAAUUGGCUGAAGUGCGCACCCCUGGUGAUCAAUGAUUUCAUUAUCUCAGGAAGUUUGUUCAGGGCUGUAUAAUUUACACACUUAAUGUGUAAUCUCUCUGUGACAAUUCCCUAUUGAUCUUGAGGCUGACAAUGGACUUUCGUUUUUCAAACCUGCAAAGCCAAAUAUUUUACAAAGGAUAAGUACAUUUAUGAAGAAUGCAUUAUCAUCUUUUGGGGAAUUGUCACGCCCUGACUCUGGGGACUCGUAUUUGUUGAGUCAGGGUGUGUAUAUUCUUUGUUGUGUGUUUUCUAGGUUUUGAUCUAGUACAGUGGGGAAAGAAAGUAUUUAGUCAGCCACCAAUUGUGCAAGUUCUCCCACUUAAAAAGAUGAGAGAGGCCUGUCAAGUUCUUCCGCACAGAUCUCGACAAACCAUUUCUGUAUGGACCUCGCUUUGUGCACUGGGGAAUUGUCAUGCUGAAACAGGAAAGCUCCUUCCCCAAACUGUUGCCACAAAGUUGGAAGCACAGAAUCAUCUAGAAUGUAAUUGUAUGCUGUAGCGUUAACAUUUCCCUUCACUGGAACUAAGGUGCCUAGCCCGAACCAUGAUAAACAGCCCCAGACCAUUAUUCCUCCUCCACCAAACUUUACAGUUGGCACUAUGCAUUGGGGUAGGUACCAUUCUCUUGGCAUCUGCCAAACCCAGAUUUGUCCGUUAGACUGCCAGAUGGUGAAGCGUGAUUCAUCACUCCAGAGAACGAGUUUCCACUGCUCCAGAGUCCAAUGGCAGCGAGCUUUACACCACUCCAGCCGACGCUUGGCAUUGCACAUGGUGAUCUUAGGCUUGUGUGCAGCUGCUCGGCCAUGGAAACCCAUUUCAUGAAGCUCCUGAUGAACAGUUCUUGUGCUGACCUUGCUUCCAGAAGCAGUUUGGAACUCGGUAGUGAGUGUUGCAACCGAGGACAGACAAUUUUUCAGCACUCGGCGGUCCCGUCCUGUGAGCUUCUGUGGCCUACCACUUCACGGCUGAGCCGUUGUUGUUCCUAGACGUUUCCACUUCACAAUAACAGCACUUACAGUUGACCGGGGGCAGCUCUAGCAGGGCAGAAAUUUGACGAACUGACUCGUUGGAAAGGUGGCAUCCUAUGAUGGUGCCACGUUGAAAGUCACUGAGCUCUUCAGUACGGGCCAUUCUACUGCCAAUGUUUGUUUAUGGAGAUUGCAUGGCUGUGUGCUCGAUUGUAUACAUCUGUCAGCAACGGGUGUGGCUGAAAUAGCCAAAUCCACUAAUUUGAAGGGGUGUCCACAUACUUCAGUGUAUGUUAUCCUUCAAUUGCAGUAAUUCAAGUUCUGUAUUGAAGCACAACAUGGCCCUAAAAAAAAUUCCAAAAAUGUGUCUGUUGGCUGCCAGCCAAGGCAAAGGAUGUAUAACUAAUGCAAGAUGUAUGGGAUUCCCUGAGCUCUGCAAGCUUUCAACUGAACAUGGAUAUUUCCCCUGUCAGAGAACAGAGACCCAUGGCUAUCUCAGGUUUCAUCUUAUCGUUUGGUGCCCAUUAUCAUUCCACUGCUGCACGCAUAAGAGGUGGCUGUCUCAAAGUUAGAGAAGCGUUGGUUGGUUUGAGAAGCAGAAGGUUGGAAACUGGCAGGAAUGAAACAGCAGAUAGAUGUAUAUCCAUUUUGAUUUGAAGGACAGCAAAGUCAUCUAUUAAUUCAUAUCUCUGUCUGACCAGAAUCUGAGAGGAGUACGUGUCAAUAGAAGGGCAUCCUCAGACAGACACCGGGUAGUCUACCAGUCAGACAGACACCGGGUAGUCUACCAGUCAGACAGACACCGGGUAGUCUACCAGUCAGACAGACACCGGGUAGUCUACCAGUCAGACAGACACCGGGUAGUCUACCAGUCCAGACAGACACCGGGUAGUCUACCAGUCAGACAGACACCGGGUAGUCUAACCAGUCAGACAGACACCGGGUAGUCUACCAGUCAGACAGACACCGGGUAGUCUACCAGUCAGACAGACACCGGGUAGUCUACCAGUCAGACAGACACCGGGUAGUCUACCAGUCAGACAGACACCGGGUAGUCUACCAGUCAGACAGACACCGGGUAGUCUACCAGUCAGACAAACACCGGGUAGUCUACCAGUCAGACAGACACCGGGUAGUCUACCAGUCAGACAGACACCGGGUAGUCUACCAGUCAGACAGACACCGGGUAGUCUACCAGUCAGACAGACACCGGGUAGUCUACCAGUCAGACAGACACCGGGUAGUCUACCAUCAGACAGACACCGGGUAGUCUACCAGUUAGACAGACACCGGGUAGUCUACCAGUCAGACAGACAGUAGCAAUAAAGUCAUUUACAAUGUUUCCAGGCCCUUUUCCAACCAGCAGUGAACAAAUGAGUAGAAUCCUCCUCUCUCUUUCUCUCAGUGACAGGGAAAAAGUCAUACUCUUCCAAUAUCCACAGCAGAAUUAGAACGGGCUGAGGUUCUUUAGUUUCCUUUCAGUGUUUACAAGGUUGUAGAGGUGUUCUCAAUAAAAUGGACCCUCACAAUCGAGAACUAAUGGACUAAUGGAGAUGUUUCCAGUAGGGCACACUAACACAGGGACACAGGCAUUGUUCAUCAGCGAUGCAUGUAAAAUGUAUGCCAGUAUGAAAAAUGUAUGCACUCACCAUCUGUAAGUCGCUCUGGAUAAGAGCGUCUGCUAAAUGACUAAAAAUUUUUAAAAAAAUGUACAGUGCUAUAGGAAUACCAGAGCGCUGCCCUCAUCAAGAUAGAUCUCCUUCAGACAAGCUACAUUACACAAUAUUUUAUAUUCCUUUUCUGCUAUUUAUUUUUUGGUGAUUUUUCUGGUAAUUUAACACAAAGAUCAUGAUUAGCAUUACAAUAGAUGGGAUUUCCAACCAUACCUCUUAUAUCGCUUUUCAAAAUGACUCUUCUAUGUUAGCUUCCUCUGAGGUGUCACUGCUGUCAAAUUUGACGUUAUAUUUCCUUACAUGGAGGUGUCACUGCUGUCAAAUGUGACGUUAUAUUUCCUCACAUGGAGGUGUCACUGCUGUCAAAUGUGACGUUAUAUUUAUUCACAUGGAGCAUUAACUGCCAAUGUUUGUCUAUGGAGAUUGCAUGGCUGUGUGCUCGGUUUUAUACACCUGUCAUCAACGGGUGUGGCUGAAAUGCCACGGGGGGCCAGUAUGAAAAAAAUUAUAAUUAUGCACUCACUAACUGUAAGUCGCUCUGGAUAAGAGUGUCUGCUAAAAGACUUAAAUGUAAAUGUAAAUAGCCGAAUCCACUCAUUUGAAAGGGUGACCACAUACUUCUGUAUAUAUAGUGUAUCUGUCUUGUUUGUACAUGUAAAAACUGAACAAUGACAAGCACCCAACCACCCCUUUGACAGCUACAGUUGAAGUCGAAGUUGAAGUUUACAUACACUUAGGUUUUUCAACCACUCCACAAAUGUCUUGUUAACAAACUAUAGUUUUGGCAAGUCGGUUAGGGCAUCUACUUGUUCAUGACACACGUAAUAUUUCCACCAAUUGUUUACAGUCAGAUUAUUUCACUUAUAAUUCACUGUAUCACAAUUCCAGUGGGUCAGAAGUUUACAUACACUAAGUUGACUCUGCCUUUAAACAGCUUGGAAAAUUCCAGAAAAUGAUGUCAUGGCUUUAGAAGCUUCUGAUAGGCUAAUUGACAUCAUUUGAGUCAAUUGGUGGUGUACCUGUGGAUGUAUUUCAAGGCCUACCUUCAAACACAGUGCCACUUUGCUUGACAUCAUGGGAAAAUCAAAAGAAAUCAGCCAAGACCUCAGAAAAGAAAAUGUAGACCUCCACAAGUCUGGUUCCUCCUUGGGAGCAAUUUCCAAAUGCCUGAAGGUACCACGUUCAUCUGUACAAACAAUAGUACGCAAGUAUAAACACCAUGGGACCAUGCAGCCGUCAUACCGCCCAGGAAGGAGACACGUUCUGUCUCCUAGAGAUUAACGUACUUUGGUGCGAAAAGUGCAAAUCAAUCCCAGAACAACAGCAAACGACCUUGUGAAGAUGCUGGAGGAAACAGGUACAAAAGUAUCUAUAUCCACAGUAAAACGAGUCCUAUAUCGACAUAACCUGAAAGGCCGCUCAGCAAGGAAGAAGCCACUGCUCCAAAACCGCCAUAAAAAAGCCAGACUACGGUUUGCAACUGCACAUGGGGACAAAGAUCGUACUUUUUGAAGAAAUCUCCUCUGGUCUGAUUAAACAAAAAUAGAACUGUUUGGCCAUAAUGACCAUCGUUAUGUUUGGAGGAAAAAAGGGGAUGCUUGCAAGCCGAAGAACACCAUCCCAACCGUGAAGCACGGGGGUGGCAGCAUCAUGCUGUGGGGGUGCUUUGCUGCAGGAGGGACUGGUGCACUUCACAAAAUAGUUGGCAUCAUGAGGAAGGAAAAUUAUUUGGAUAUAUUGAAGCAACAUCUCAAGACAUCAGUCAGGAAGUUAAAGCUUGGUCGCAAAUGGGUCUUCCAAAUGGACAAUGACCCCAAGCAUACUUCCAAAGUUGUGGCAAAAUGGCUUAAGGACAACAAAGUCAAGGUAUUGGAGUGGCCAUCACAAAGCACUGACCUCAAUCCUAUAGAACAUUUGUGGGCAGAACUGAAAAAGCGUGUGCGAGCAAGGAGGCCUACAAACCUGACUCAGUUACACCAGCUCUGUCAGGAGGAAUGGGCCAAAAUUCAUCCAAUUUAUGGUGGGAAGCUUGUGGAAGGCUACCCGAAACUUUUGACCCAAGGUAAACAAUUUAAAGGCAAUGCUAUCAAAUACUAAUUAAGUGUAUGUAAACUUCUGACCCACUGGGAAUGUGAUGAAAGAAAUAAAAGCUGAAAUAAAUCAUUCUCUCCACUAUUAGUCUGACAUUUCACAUUCUUAAAAUAAAGUGGUGAUCCUAACUGACCUAAAACAGGGAAUUUUUACUAGGAUUAGAUGUCAGGAAUUGUGAAAAACAGAGUUUAAAUGUAUUUGGCUAAGGUGUAUGUAAACUUCAGACUUCAACUGUAUAUACAAUGGCCAAAUUGAUAACUGAUAAUCAUGGUAUUUCCUAUUCUUAAGUUCCUCUAACAGAGUGUUAAAAGAGAAAUGCCGGAGUCAUAAAAUGAACGGUCACAAAACCAUCUGCUAUUAGGUACAGGAAUGUCCAUGUUAAAGACAUACUCUGCGGUUUGGGGCCUAGGAAGUCUAACAGCGCAGGUCACUACUCGGCCAGGCCAGCUGCGCUCCGCUCCCUUUCCCCUGAAGCAUAGCUGCUUGGAGGCUGAACACAGCGAACAGGUUCAACCUCAUAGUUUGCAGUCCUUUGAUUAAAAAGAAUCCAAUGAAUUUUUCCACCGAGGUUUGUUACCAUUGCCAGAUGUGAAAUGAAAAGGGUGACUUUGAAUGGGCUUUUACAGGCCUUGGAAGGAAAGCCCACUGAGCUACAGGCUGUUGGGAGGACAGAAAAUCUGAAGGGCCUGUAGACUUUGACUUUGAUUCUCUGAUCGUUUACAGCAUGUUGUCAUCAGCCUGCCCUCUCCUCAAUACCAGCCUGCCCUCUCCUCAAUACCAGCCUGCCCUCUCCUCAAUACCAGCCCUCUCCUAUAGAAACUCAGACAGGAGAAGAACAAGGUCAGUCAACAUGUAGUUUAACAUGUAGCUGGGACAUACAUAUACCGCACAGUACAUCCAGUUCUAGACAUUCUCCACGUUCCAUCUUCAAUGACCAGACUGAAAAGAAAACAGCUCCUAUUCAAUACAUCGGCACGGGGCUGUGGCUGAAUAAUGACCUGACUAAAUAGUGUAAAACAGAAUCAUCAACUGGCUAAAUACAGUAGUCUAAAUACAGUAGUCUAAAUACAGUAGUCUAAAUACAGUAGUCUAAAUACAGUAGUCUAAAUACAGUAGUCUAAACAGUCAGUGACUGUCUGAAUAGUCAAAACAUGGGAGCAUUUAACAUUCAAUACCAUACAGUCUCAUUUCACUGCAACACCAAGGUGAUCGAACGGCUUCAUUGUGGAUGGAUUGAUGGGGCUGAUGUGAUUAUGAGCCCAACUCUCCCUGAUGGAAUCCUCACAGUCACAGUAUCGUGAGGGUUAGCCCUCUGUAAACCCCCCCCCCCCCCCCCCCCCCCCCCCCCCCAUUUGUUUAACUAACAUGUCCUGCUUGCCCAGCAAUUUCAGCCCUUCGUUUAUUUUCCAAAGGGUAUCAGGAAAGCUCUUGGGGGGUAAGAUCUGGCCCCAAGGAACGCCUGGGGAGGUUUCCUCCUCAGUUGAGAGAGAUCAACAGAAGAUGCAUUUGGCUGAUAUGCCUAGAAUAUGAUAGUCUUUAGUGGAAGGCUGCAGGACGCAGACCAGGGGAUGUCUGAGGCAGAGGCAGAGGGGGGUGUAGACAGUGUAGUCAAAGCACCCAGGCUAGGUUAAACCCAAUAUCAUGGAAUAAUAACGGUUUUGGAAACUGCAGUACCAGUCAAAAGUUUGGACACACCUACUCAUUCAAGGGUUUUUCUUUAUUUGUACUAUUUUCUACAUUGUAGAAUAAUAGUGGAGACAUCAAUACUAUGAAAUAACACAUAUGGAAUCAUGUAGUAACCAAAAAAGUGUUAAACAAAUCAAAAUAUAUUUUAUAUUUGAGAUUCUUCAAAGUAGCCACCCCUUUGCCUUGAUGACAGCUUUGCACACUCUUGGCAUUCUCUCAACCAGCUUCACCUGUAAUGCUUUUCCAACAGUCUUGAAGGAGUUCCCACAUAUGCUGAGCACUUGUUGGCUGCUUUUCCUUCACACUGAGGUCCAACUCAUCCCAAACCAUCUCAAUUGGGUUGAGGUCGGGUGAUUGUGGGAGGCCAGGUCAUCUGAUGCAGCACUCCAUCACUCUCCUUCUUGGUCAAAUAGCCCUUACUCAGCCUGGAGGUGUGUUGGGCCAUUGUCCUGUUGAAAAACAACUGAUAGUCCCACUAAGCCCAAACCAGAUGGGAUGGCGUAUUGCUGCAGAAUGAUGUGGUAGCCAUGCUGGUUAAGUGUGCCUUGAAUUCUAAAUAAAUCACAGACAGUGUCACCAGCAAAGCACCCCCACACCAUCACACCUCCUCCUCCAUACUUCACGGUGGGAACCACACAUGCGGAGAUCAUCUGUUCACCUACACUGUGUCUCACAAAGACACAGUGGUUGGAACCAAAAAUCUCCAAUUUGGACUCCAGACCAAAGGACAAAUUUCCACCGGUCUAAUGUCCAUUGCUCGUGUUUCUUGGCCCAAGCAGGUCUCUUCUUCUUAUUGGUGUCCUUUAGUAGUAGUUUCUUUGCAGCAAUUCGACCAUGAAGGCCUGAACAGUUGAUGUUGAGAUGUGUCUGUUACUUGAACUCUGUGAAGCAUUGUCACGCCCUGACCUAUAGACUCUAGUUAGUUUGGUCAGGGUGUGAAUAUAUGUGUGUGUUUUCUAUGUGGGGAUUCUAUGUUUGUAUUUCUAUGUUUGGCCGGGUGUGAUUCCCAAUCAGAGGCAGCUGUCGCUCGUUGUCUCUGAUUGGGGAUCAUACUUAGGCAGCCAGUUUUCCUGCCUGUGUUGUCGGAUCAUGUUUGUGUUUGGUUAGUGUGGCUUGUGUGUGUAUAGCCUUCCGACAUCACGUUUCGUUGCCUUUUGUUGUUUUUGUAUGUUUAUUCGGUUUAAUAAACAUGGAUGCAUUUCACGCUGCGCCUUGGUCUGACCCGUCCUUCAACGUCCGUGACAGAAGAUCCCACCACCAAUGGACCAAGCAGCGUGCCCAGGAGGAGCAGAGAGUAUGGACUUGGAGGGAGAUAAGAGAGGAUCUGGCCAAGCAGAUGGAGGCCCUGAAAGGGAUCAGGGUGGAGAAGGAGAGACAGCCCCAAGAACAUUUUGGGGGGAGCUAAAAGGGUGGUCGGGGAGCGACAGAGAGGAGCCCCGACCACUGCACUCGUGGGGGCUCAAAGAGGAGUCCUCACUAGAGGAGGACGGGGCGCGGAGUGUAAAGGACGGAGACAGUCGUGUUCCCAGUCCGGUACGUGCCGUACCUGCUCCCCGCACCAAGCCAGUGGUGCGUGUUCCCAGUCCGGCCCGGCCCGUUCCUGCUCCCCGCACCAAGCCAGUGGUGCAUGUCGCCAGCCCGGUACGCCCCGUACCUGCUCCCCGCACCAAGCCAGUGGUGCGUGUUCCCAGUCCGGUACGCCCCGUACCUGCUCCCCGCACCAAGCCAGUGGUGCGUGUUCCCAGUCCGGUACGCCCCGUACCUGCUCCCCGCACCAAGCCAGUGGUGCGUGUUCCCAGUCCGGCCCGGCCCGUUCCUGCUCCCCGCACCAAGCCAGUGGUGCAUGUCGCCAGCCCGGUACGCCCCGUACCUGCUCCCCGCACCAAGCCAGUGGUGCGUGUUCCCAGUCCGGUACGCCCCGUACCUGUUCCCCGCACCAAGCCAAUGGUCCGUGUUCCCAGUCCGGUACGCCCCGUACCUGCUCCCCGCACCAAGCCAGUGGUGCGUGUUCCCAGUCCGGCCCGGCCCGUUCCUGCUCCCCGCACCAAGCCAGUGGUGCAUGUCGCCAGCCCGGUACGCCCCGUACCUGCUCCCCGCACCAAGCCAGUGGUCCGUGUUCCCAGUCCGGUACGCCCCGUACCUGCUCCCCGCACCAAGCCAGUGGUGCGUGUUCCCAGUCUGGCCCGGCCCGUACCUGCUCCCCGCACCAAGCCAGUGGUGCAUGUCGCCAGCCCGGUACGCCCCGUACCUGCUCCCCGCACCAAGCCAGUGGUGCGUGUUCCCAGUCCGGCCCGGCCCGUGCCUGCUCCCCGCACCAAGCCAGUGGUGCAUGUCGCCAGCCCGGUACGCCCCGUACCUGCUCCCCGCACCAAGCCAGUGGUGCGUGUUCCCAGUCCGGCCCGGCCCGUUCCUGCUCCCCGCACCAAGCCAGUGGUGCAUGUCGCCAGCCCGGUACGCCCCGUACCUGCUCCCCGCACCAAGCCAGUGGUGCGUGUUCCCAGUCCGGCCCGGCCCGUUCCUGCUCCCCGCACCAGACCAGUGGUGCAUGUCGCCAGCCCGGUACGCCCCGUACCUGCUCCCCGCACCAAGCCAGUGGUGCGUGUUCCCAGUCCGGCCCGGCCCGUUCCUGCUCCUCGCACCAGACCAGUGGUGCAUGUCGCCAGCCCGGUACGCCCAGUACCUGCUCCCCGCACCAAGCCAGUGGUGCGUGUUCCCAGUCCGGCCCGGCCCGUUCCUGCUCCUCGCACCAGACCAGUGGUGCGUGUUCCCAGUCCGGCCCGGCCCGUUCCUGCUCCUCGCACCAGACCAGUGGUGCAUGUCGCCAGCCCGGUACGCCCCGUACCUUCUCCCCGCACCAAGCCAGUGGUGCGUGUUCCCAGUCCGGUCCGGCCCGUGCCUGCUCCUCGCACCAGACCUGUGGUGCGUGUUUCCAGUCCGGCACGGCCCGUGCCCGUUCCACCGGUGCCUGGUCCAGUACCGGUCAACGGUUCCACUCCGGAGCCAGAGCAGUCUGCUCCACCGGUGCCCAAGCCAGCUCCGGUCAGCGGCUCCACUCCGGAGCCAGAGCAGUCCGCUCCACCGGGAUCCAGUACAGCUCCGGUCAGCGGCUCCACUCCGGGUCCAGACGUCAGCCCCUCUCUAGGUUCGGAGUCUCCCACACCAGGGUCCAGACAGGGAUCGGUGCAUCGUGGGAGGACUGUGAGGGGAAGCUCCGCGUUGAGGUCCAGACCGGUCCAGGGGUGCAGAAAUUCCACAAAUUAACUUUUAAGAAGGCACACCUGUUAAUUGAAAUGCAUUUCAGGUGACUACCUCAUGAAGCUGGUUGAGAGAAUGCCAAGAGUGUGCAAAGCUGUCAUCAAGGCAAAGGGUGGCUACUUUGAAAAAACUUAAAUAUAUUUUGAUUUGUUUAACACUUUUUUUGGUUACUACAUGAUUCCAUAUGUGUUAUUUCAUAGUUUUUGAUGUCUUCACUAUUAUUCUACAAUAAUAGUGAAGACCAUUGCGGGGGUGACAGGUAGCUUAGUGGUUAAGAGCGUUGUGCCAGUAACCGAAAGGUCGCUGGUUCUAAUCCCCGAGCCCGACUAGGUGAAAAAUCUGUCGAUGUGCCCUUGAGCAAGGCACUUAACCCUAAUUGCUCCUGUAAGUCGCUCUGGAUAAGAGCGUCUGCUAAAAUGACUUAAAUGUAUUUACCAUGUGAUUGUUGCCCUCAGACUCUUAAACCAAAAAAGGAGAAUGAACAGAUCCAUUCUGUGACAUUAGUUACUCAAAGAGCUGCCCGGCAAUUAAACUGUAAUCUUCUACAUUUCCCGGCCAUGAUGCAAUUUGUUUUUGGAAAAAAUGUGCUUUUAAAAAAAAGUGUUCUAGAACAAAGGGACCUCUGAGGGACUUGAAGUUUAAGGCUUCCUCCUCCUCCAAUACCCCCUGCCUACAGUAUACUAUUAUAACAGUCUGUAAUUAUAGAUUAUAGAUGAGAGAACACACUAAAUUGUAAGCAUCCAGUCCAGCUAUGAUUUAAUGAACAAUGUUUUUGAUUAAACAAUAGGAACUAACCCAGCAAACAGGGAACGUCCUAAGGAGGUCCAGGGGACCGUGACGCAACCUCCUGACGUUCUGGGGACGUCCUAAAGACAAUUUAUUUUGUUUGCAGGGUACAUGUCUGUUUUUAACGGUAAUUAACAACAUGUAAAUGGCAAUAUCCAUGGAAGAACAAUGUAGGACACUUAAUGAACACUAAAUGGAAAGUGUUACCAGAUGUAUAGUGUUGUAAUUACAUUUUAGUCAUUUAGCAGACGCUCUUACCCAUAGCAAUUAGGGUUAAGUCCCUUGCUCAAGGGCACAUCGACAGAUUUUUCACCUAGUCGGGCUCGGGGAUUAGAACCAGCGACCUUUUGGUUACUGGCACAACGCUCUUAACCACUAAGCUACCUGCCGACAGAAGCUAACAGUUACACUAAACAUGCAGAAACAAACAGCCCUACUAUCCCCAGAUGGCAGUAGUUAGCUGAAGAUGCUACUGUGGGGAUUUAAUGGGAAUUCUCCAUUGGAGAAUGCAUUGUGUGUGUGUGUGUGUGUGUCACUCCUCUGUGCAGUGAAUGGAUAAUAGAAUGUUCAGUGUAGUAUGUUAUAACUAUGUAAUACUCAUGUCGCUGUUUAAGGCCAAAGGAAGUAUUUGGGACAAUUGACACAAGGCUGUACGUACAGAGAAAGCACAGUUAAUUUGACACAAGGCUGUACGUACAGAGGAAGCACAGUUCAUUUGACACAAGGCUGUACGUACAGAGGAAGCACAGUUCAUUUGACACAAGGCUGUACGUACAGAGGAAGCACAGUUCAUUUGACACAAGGCUGUACGUACAGAGGAAGCACAGUUAAUUUGACACAAGGCUGUACGUACAGAGGAAGCACAGUUCAUUUGACACAAGGCUGUACGUACAGAGGAAGCACAGUUCAUUUGACACAAGGCUGUACGUACAGAGGAAGCACAGUUCAUUUGACACAAGGCUGUACGUACAGAGGAAGCACAGUUCAUUUGACACAAGGCUGUACGUACAGAGAAAGCACAGUUCAUUUGACACAAGGCUGUACGUACAGAGGAAGCACAGUUCAUUUGACACAAGGCUGUACGUACAGAGGAAGCACAGUUCAUUUGACACAAGGCUGUACGUACAGAGGAAGCACAGUUCAUUUGACACAAGGCUGUACGUACAGAGGAAGCACAGUUCAUUUGACACAAGGCUGUACGUACAGAGAAAGCACAGUUCAUUUGACACAAGGCUGUACGUACAGAGGAAGCACAGUUCAUUUGACACAAGGCUGUACGUACAGAGGAAGCACAGUUCAUUUGACACAAGGCUGUACGUACAGAGGAAGCACAGUUCAUUUGACACAAGGCUGUACGUACAGAGGAAGCACAGUUCAUUUGACACAAGGCUGUACGUACAGAGAAAGCACAGUUCAUUUUCUGCUUAUUUUUCUUCAUUUGCGAUUGAGCCCUGAAGUCCUGAGGUUCCAUAUUCCACAUAAAUCCAAGGUUCAUGUUACAUGGAUGCUGGGGUGGAUCAGGGCAACCCUAGAAGCACUGCCAUGGCAACGUGGACAUUCCAAUACGUGUUCAAAAUAGAUCAAUGUUCUCUGGCCCUUAUAAUGUACAAUAUUUACAACAUAAGUGUUAUCGUUUAAAGAUACAUACAUUACUUUAUGAUAAGUAACUUAUAUCAUGAUGAUGUUUUAAAAAAUGCCAUUUGUUUAAAAUGCUGUUAACAAAAGGAACAUUCAUUCACUGUCUGCGGAUGACUACAGUAGUUCAUUCCUGUACGGUAACUUUUGUUAUUUUCUAUUGAAGUAGGAUAUAUUAUGUUGACCAUUCUGUCAUUACUAUAGUAAUAAUUAUAAUAUACCAUUUAGCAGACGCUUUUAUCCAAAGCGACUUACAGUCAUGUGUGCAUACAUUUUUACAUAUGGGUGGUCCCGGGGAUCGGACCCACUACCCUGGCGUUACAAGCGCCACGCUCUACCAAUUCAGCUACAGAGGACCACAUUAUGUUAACCAUCCUGUCAUUACUAUAGUAUUGAGAUAGUCACAAAUCUGAACUCAUCAUGGGGGCUGCCGUGACUCGCGGGUCUGAACUCAUCAUGGGGGCUGCCGUGACUCGCGGGUCUGAACUCAUCAUGGGGGCUGCCGUGACUCGCGGGUCUGAACUUAUAUUGGGGGCUGCCGUGACUCGCGGGUCUGAACUCAUAUUGGGGGCUGCCGUGACUCGCGGGUCUGAACUCAUAUUGGGGGCUGCCGUGACUCGCGGGUCUGAACUCAUCAUGGGGGCUGCCGUGACUCGCGGGUCUGAACUCAUAUUGGGGGCUGCCGUGACUCGCGGGUCUGAACUCAUAUUGGGGUCCGCAGUGACUCGCGGGUCACCCCACCUAUAACCCCACCAUGUGAGCAAUACAUUUUAGCAGUCCCCCUUUUGACAGCAGAGAAGAAAAGUUUGAGUUAAUUUCCUGCAAAUCUACACAUUUUACCAUGUGGUGGAGAGAAGAUUUUGCAGUUUUACAACUUAUUUCCAGCAAUUCUACACAUUUUGCCAUGGGGUGGAGGGAAAUGUUUGCAGUUUUUAACAUGAUAUCUGAGUGAGAGUGACUAACAAAAUCAAUGGGGGCCCCUGGUCGGUAAUUCGGCCAUGAUUACUACAUGUUUAGAUUGCUGGCCGCUGGACUAACUUACCAAUCUAAAAAAUGUUAACCAACAUGGGCUAAUUGAGUGACUGUCAGUAACAUAACGAGAAAAACUGAUUAUGUACAACCAAAUGUCGAAAUUGCACCUUGUUUAUUCUACGAUUCUAACUCUGAAUAGAAAGUCAAGAUCCUGACGGAGUUCCAAUUCUAUGGAAAUUGAUCCACGGGCCUACAAAAGGGGGGCCGCCAGUUGCCCAUCAAUGUAGUACAGUCUAGUCUCCUUCCAGUACAGUCUAGUCUCCCUCCAGUACAGUCUAGUCUCCAUGUAGUACAGUCUAGUCUCCAUGUAGUACAGUCUAGUCUCCCUCCAGUACAGUCUAGUCUCCAUGUAGUACAGUCUAGUCUCCCUCCAGUACAGUCUAGUCUCCUUCCAGUACAGUCUAGUCUCCCUACAGUACAGUCUAGUCUCCCUCCAGUACAGUCUAGUCUCCCUCCAGUACAGUCUAGUCUCCCUCCAGUACAGUCUAGUCUCCUUGCAGUACAUUCUAGUCUCCCUGCAGUACAGUCUAAUCUCCCUGCAGUACAGUGUAGUCUCCCUGCAGUACAUUCUAGUCUCCCUACAGUACAGUCUAGUCUCCCUGCAGUACAGUCUAGUCUCCCUGCAGUACAGUCUAGUCUCCCUACAGUACAGUCUAGUCUCCUUGCAGUACAGUCUAGUCUCCCUACAGUACAGUACAGUCUCCCUACAGUACAGUACAGUCUCCCUACAGUACAGUCUAGUCUCCCUGCAGUACAGUCUAGUCUCCUUGCAGUACAGUCUAGUCUCCUUGCAGUACAGUCUAGUCUCCCUGCAAGAACCGUCUCCCUCCAUUCAGUCAGUCUCCCUACAGUACGUCCAGUCUAGUACUCCCUACAGUCCGUCUAGUCUCCCUGCAUACAGUUCUAAGUCUCCCUGCAGUAUACAUUCCUAGUCCUCCUGCCAGUACAGUCCUUCUCCCUGCAGUACAGUCCCUAUCCCCUUCAGUACAUUCCUAGUCUCCCUAAAGUACAGUCUAGUUCUCCUUCCAGUACAUCUAGUCUCCCACGUACAGUCUAGUCUCCCUACAGUCAGUCAGUCUCCCUACAGUACAGUCCUAGUACUCCCUGUCGCCAGUCUGAGUCUCCCUACAAGUACAGUCAGUACUCUUCAUACAGUCUCGCUUCCCUAAGUCCAUUCUAGUCUCCCUGCGUACAGUCCCAGUCGCCCGGCAGUACAGUCUAGUCUCCUGCAGUACGUCUAGUCUCCUUCCAGUACAGUCUAGUUUCCCUACCGUACAGUCUAGUCUUCCCUACAGUACAAGGUCUAUACUCCCUGCAGUACAGUCCUAGUCCUAGUCUCCCUGCAGUACAGUCUAGUCUCCUUCCAGUACAGUCAUUCCCCUGCGCAGUACAGUCUAGUCUCCCUGCAGUACAAUCUAGUUGUCCCUACAGUUUCAGUCUAGUCUCCCUGCAUACAGUCCUAGUCUCCCUGCAUACAGUCUAGAUCUCCCUGCAGUACAGUCGGUCUCUUCCAGUACAUUCCUAGUUCCCUGCAAGUACGACAGUCCUAGUCUCCUUGCAGUACGUCUUCUAGGUCUCCCCUACAGUCAUACAGUCUCCCCUACAAGUACAUACAGUCUCCCUACAGUACAGUCUAGUCUCCCUGCAGUACGUCUAGGUCUCCCUUGCAGUACAGUCCUAAGUCUCCUUUGCAGUUAACCGUCUAGUCUCCCUGCAGACAGUCUCCCUCCAGUACCAGUCUAGUCCUCGCCUACAGUACAUACAGUCGAUCUCCCUACCGUAAAAGUCUAGUCUCCCUCAGUACAGUCUAGUCCUCCUUCCAGUACAGUCUAGCCCCUCCCUGCAUACAGUCUAGUCUCCCUGCCCCAAAAAAAACAAGUACAGUCUCGUCCUCACUAAGUACGUCUAUCUCCUUCCUACAGUUCUAGUCGCCCUACAGUACAGUCUAUCUCCCUACAGUACAUCCUGAGUCUUCCCUACAGUACAGUCUAGUCUCCCUGCAGUACAGCCCCCUAGUCUCCUUGCAUACAUCUAGUCUCCCUAACAGACGUCUCUAGUCUCCCUGCAGUACAUUCUAGGCUCUCUGUAGUACGUCUAGUCUCCCUGCAGUACAAGUCCAGUCUCCUCCCUUUGUACAGUCUAGUCUCCCUGCAGUACAGUAUAGUCUCCCUGCAGUACUAAGUCGGUCUCCUGCAGGUACAGUUCUAGUCUCCCUCCGCCUGCAGUACAGUCUGAGACUCCCUGCAUUACCAGUCUAGUCUCCUUCCAGUACGUCCUAGUCUCCCUGCAGUAGCUCUCCUUCCAGUAAACAUUCUGUCUCCUCCCUGCAGUAAGUCUAGUCUCCCUGUAGUACCAGCUAGUCUCCCUGCAGUACAGUAUAGUAUCCCUGCAGUUACGUCUAGUCUUCCUUGCAGUACAGUCUUAGUCUCCCUGCAGUACAAGUCUAGACUUCCCUGCCUUACAGUCUAAUACUCCUUCCAGUACAUCAUAGCUCCCUAACAGUUACUCUAGUCUCCCUACGUACAGAGUCUAGUCUCCCUGCAGUAACAGUCUAUCUCCCCUGCAUCCCGUCUAUCUCCUCCAUACAUCCCUAGUCUCCCUGCAGUCAGUCUAGUCUCCUCUGGCAGUACAGUCGAGUCCUCCCGACAAGACAGUCUGUCUCCUUCCAGUACAGUCCUAGGCUCCCUACAGUACGUCUAGUCAUCCCCUAAAGUACAUCUAGUCCUCCCUACGUCCCCGAGUCUCCUUCCAGUACAGUCUCCCUACAGUACAGUCUAGUCUCCCUGCAGUACUGUCUAGUCUCCCUGCAGUACAUUCUAGUCUCCCUGCACUACAGUCUAGUCUCCCUGCAGUACAGUCUAGUCUCCCUGCAGUACAGUCUAGUCUCCCUGCAGUACAGUCUAGUCUCCAUGCCGUACAGUCUAGUCUCCUUCCAGUACAGUCUAGUCUCCCUGCAGUACAUUCUAGUCUCCCUGCAGUACAGUCUAGUCUCCCUGCAGUACUGUAUAGUCCCCCGCAGUACAUUCUAGUCUCCUUGCAGUACAGUCUAGUCUCCCUGCAUACAGUCUAGUCUCCCUGCAGUACAGUCUAGUCUCCUACAGUACAGUCUAGUCUCCGUGCAGUACAGUCUAGUCUCCUUGCAGUACAGUCUAGUCUCCCCUGCAGUACAGUCUCCCUACCGUACAGUCAUAGUCUCCCGACAGUACAGUCUAGUCUCCCUAAAGUAACAGUCUAGUCUCCUCCAGUACAGUCUAGUCUCCCUCCAUUACAGUCUGUCUCCCUACAGUACGGUCCCGAGUCCUCCCUACAGUACAGUCUAGUCUCCCUACAGUACGUCCUAGUCCCCUGCAGUACAGUCUAGUCCCUCCCUACAGUACAGUUCCCUCCCUACAGUAAGUCUAGUCUCCCUGCCGUUACAUUCUAGUCUCCCUGUAGUACAGUCUAGUCCCUCCCUGCAGUACAGUCUAGUCCUCCCUGCAGUACAGUCUAGUCUCCCUGCCGUAGACCUCUCCUUCUCAGUACAGUCUAGUCUCCCUGGCAAGGACACAUUCUGUCUCCCUUCAGUACAGUCUAGUUUUCCGUUCCGUACAGUAAUAGUCUCCCUGCAGUACAGUCUAUUCUCCUGCAGUACAGUCUAGUCUUCCCUGACAGUACAGUCUAGUAGUCAUCCCGGCAGUAAGUCUAGUCUCCCUGCAGUACAAGUCUAAGACUCCCUGCAGUACAUCUAGUCUCCUUCCAGUACAGUCUAGUCUCCCUACAGUACCGUCUAGUCUCCCUACAUUACAGUUCUAGUCUCCCUGCAGUAACAAGUCUCUCGUCCCUGCAGUACAGUCCUGUCCUCCUUCCAGUCCAGUCUAGUCUCCCCUGCCGUACGGGUCCUAGUCUCCCCUGCAGUACAGUCGAGUCUCCCACAGUACGUCUAUCUCCUUCCAGUACAGUCUAGCUCCCUACAUCCCGUCUAGUCUCCCUACAGUAACAGUCUAGUCUCCCUACAUACAGUCUAUUCCUCCUCCAGUAUCAGUCCCUCCCUACAUACAGUCCUAUUCUCUCUCCCUGCAGUCUGUCUAGUCUCCCUGCGUACAUUCAGUCUCCCUGCAGUACCGUCUAUUCUCCCUGCAGUACAUCUAGUCCCUGCAUACAUUCUCGUCCUCCCUGCAGUACAGUCUAGUCCUCCAUGCAGUAAGUCCUAGAUCUCCUUUUCCAGUACAAGUCUAGUCUCUGCAGGUACAUUCUGUCCUCCCUGCAGUCAUGUCUAGUCCUCCUUGCAGUACAUUCUAGUCUCCUUCAGUACAUUCUAGUCUCCCUGCCGUACGUCUAGUCUCCUUGCAGUACAGUCUAGUCCUCCCUGCAUUACAGUCUAGUCCUCCCUGCAGUGCAGUCUAUCUCCUGCAGUGCAGUCCUAUCUGUCCUUCAGUAGCAGUCUAGUCUCUCCCUGCAGUACAUUCUAGUCUCCCUGCGUACAUUCUUCCUCCCUGCAGUACAUUCUAGUCUCCCUGCAGUACGUCUGCGUCUCCCUGCAGUACAUCUAGACUCCCUGCAGUACAGUCUAGUCUCCUUUCCCGUACAGUCUAAUUCUCCCUCAGUACAGUCUUAUCUCCCUACAGUACAGUCUAGUCUCCCUGCAGUACAGUCUAUUCUCUCCUCAUUAAGUCUAGUGUACCUUCCAGUACAGUCUAGUCUCCUGCAGUACAGCUAAGUCCUCCUGCAGUAACAGUCUAGUCUCCCUACAUACAGUCUAGUCGCCUUCCAGUCCAGUCUAGUCUCCCUACAGUACAGUCUAGUCUCCCUAAGUCCCGUCUAAGUCUCCCUACAGUACAGUUCGUUCUCCUUCCAGUACAGUCCUCCCUACAGUAACGUCUAGUCUCCCUGCAGUACUGUCUGUCUCCCUGGUCCGUACAUUACUAUCUCUCCUGCCGUACAUCUAGUCCUCCAUGCAGUACAGUCUAGUCUCCUUUCCAUUACAGUCUAUCUCCCUGCCGUACAUUCUAGUCCCCCUGCAGUACAGUCUAGUCUCCCUUCAGUACAGUCUAUUCUCCCCUCAGUACAUUCCUAAUCUCCUUGCAUACAGCCUAGUCUCCCUGAGUAACAGUCUAGUCCUCCCGCAAGUACUUCUAGUCUCCCUACAGUACUUCUAGUCGCCCUGCAGUACGUCUAGUCUCCUUCAGUACAGUCUAGUCUCCUGCAGUAAAGUCUCCCUACAGUACGUUCUAGUCUCCUCUCCCUACAUUACAGCAGUCUCCUUGCAGUACAGUCUCCUUCCAGCACAUUCCCUAGUCUCCUGCCGUACAGUCUAGUCUCCUUGCGUAUCAAGUCUAUCUCCUUCCAGUAGUCUAGUCCUCCCUCAGUGCAGUCUAUCCCUCCCUGCAGUGAUCCUAGUCUCCUUCCAGUACAGUCUAGUCUCCUGCAGUACAUUCUAGUCUCCCUGCAGUACAUUCUGUCUCCUGGCAGUAAAUUCUAGUCUCCCUGCAGUACAGUCUAGUCUCUCCCGCAGUACAGUCUAGUUCCCUGCAGUACAGUCUAGUCUCCCUGCGUACAGUCUAGUCCUCCUGCAUUACAUUUUCUAGUCCUCCAUCCAUACAGUCCGUCCCUGCAAGUACAGUCUAGUCCUCCUACAGUACGUCUAGUCUCCACAGUACAGUCUGUCCCCUCCCUUGCAGUACCGUCUAGUCUCCCUGCAGUACAUCCUCCCUGCAGUACAGUUGGUCUCCUGCAGGUACAAUUCUGUCUCCUGCCGUACAGUCUAGUCCUCCCUGCAUUACAGUCUAGUCUCCUUUCAGUCCCGUCUAGUCCUCCUUCCAGUAAACAUUCUAGUCCUCCCUGCUACAUCUAGUCUCCUUGCUACAGUCUAUCUCCCUGAUAAGCAGUACAGUCUAGUCUCCCUGCAUACAUUCUAGUCUCCCUGCAGUACAUUUAGUCUCCCUGCAUUACAGUGUAGCUCCCUGCAGUACAGUGUAGUCUCCCUGCAGUAACAAGUUCUAGUCCCUCCUUGCAGUACAGUCUAGUCUCCUGCAGUCAGUCUAGUCUCCCUGCAGGUACGUCUCCCUACAUUACAGUCUAGUCUCCCUGCGUACAGUCUAGUCUCCCUGCAUACAGGUCAAGUCCUCCUUGCAGUAUAAUCGAGUCUCUUGCAGUACAGUCCUAGUCUCCCUGCAGUAGCAGUCUUUUUCCUAUCAGUACAGUCUAGUCUCCUGCUAACAGUCUCCCUGCAGUCCUGUCUAGUCUCCUUCCAUACAGUCCUAGUCUCCUUCCAGUCCAGUCUAGUCGUCCCUUCAGUACAGUCAGUACUCCCUGCAGACAGUCUAGUCCUCCUUGCGUAAAGUCUCCCGGCGUAACAGUCUAGUCUCCUUCCAUACAGUCAGUUCUCCUCAUACAAGUCUAGUCUCCCUUUCAGUACAGGCUAUUCCUCCCUGCAGUACAGUCUAGUCUCCUUGCAGUACAGUCUAGUCUCCCUGGCAGUGCAGUCUAGUCCUCCCUGCAGUGCAGUCUAUUCUCCUUCCAGUACAUUCCUAGUCUCCUUGCAUACAGUCUAGUCUCCCUUCAGUACAGUGUAGUCUCCCUGCAGUACAGUCUAUCUCCUUGCAGUAGAGCCUAGUCUCCUGACAGUACAGUCCCUAGUCUCCAUUCAGUACAUUCUAGUCUCCCUGCAGUACAUCUAGUUCCCUGCAUACAUUCUAGUCUCCUUCCGUACAGUCCUCCCUGCAGUACAGUCUAGUCUCCUAUCAGUACAGUCUAGUCUCCCUUACAUAACAGUCUAGGUUCCCUGACGACAUCUAGUCUCCUUCCAGUACGUCUAGUUCUCCUUCCAGUACAGUCUACGUCCUCCCUUCAGUACAGUCAUAGUCUCCCUGCAGUGCGUCUAGUCUCCUUCCAGUACAUCUAGUCUCUCCUUCAGUACAUUCUAGUAUCCCUGCGUACAGUCUGGGUCUCCUUCCAAUACAGUCCUAAGUCUCCCUUCAGUACAUUCUAGUCCCCGCAGUACAUUCUAGUCUCCUUGUCAGUAAGUCUCCCUGCAGUACAGUCAGUCUCCCUUCAGUACAUCUAUAUCCCUGCAGUACAUCCUGGGUCUGCCUUCCAUACAAGGUCUCCGCUUCAGUACAGUCUACGGUCUCCCUAGCAUUACAAGUCUAGUCUCCAUGCAGUACAGUCUCGUCCUCCCUGCAGUACGUCUAUGUCUCCCUGCAGUACAUUCUAGUCUCCCUGCAUUUGAGUCGAGUCUCCCUGCAGUACAAGUCUAGUCUCUCCUCUCCCGCAUACAUUCUGUCUCCUUCCAUUACAGUCUCCUACUACAGUCCUUUCUCCCUACAGUACAUCUAGUUUCGCCUGCAGUACAGUUCAAGUCUCCUCCUACGUCUAGCUCCUGCCGUGCAGUCUAGUCCUCCUUUCCAGUACAGUCUAGUCUCCCGGCAGUACAGUCUAGUCCUCCCUGCGUACAGUCUGUCUCACCUGCAGUAAGUCUGUCUCCCCUGCAGUACUGGUCUGUCCCUUCCUCCGUAACAUUCAGUCCUCCCUGCAGUAACAGUCAUCUCCCUGCAGUACAGUCUAUUCUCCCUGCAGUACAGUCUAGUCUCCUUCCAGUACAGUCUAGUCUCCCUGCAUACAGUUAGUCUCGUUCCAGUAACAGUCUCGUCUCCCUGCAGUACAUUCCUAUUCUCCCUCAGGUAGACUCUCCUUCCAUUCCGUCCUAGUCUCCCCUGCAUUACAGUCUAGUCUCCCUCAGUACAGUCUAGUUUUCCUUCCCGUACGUAAUAUCUCCCUGUCAGUAACAGUCUAGUCUCCUGCGUACACGUCUAGUCUCCCUGCAGUACAGUCUAGUUUCCUCCCUGCAUGUACAGUCUAGUACUCUCUGCAGUACAGUCUAUCUCCCGCAGUACGUCUAUUCUCCCUGCAGUACAGUCUAGUUCUCCCUGCAGUAGUCUAGUCUCCCUGCCGUACAGUCUAGUCCGCCUCCGUACAGUCCUAGUCUCCUGCAUACAGUCUAUUUCCUCCUUCCAGUACAAGUCUUGUCUCCCUGCAGUACAGUCUUAGUCCGCCCUGCAGUGCAGUCUAUCUCCGUCCAGUAACAAGUCUAGUCUCGUUCCAGUACAGUCUAGUCUCCUGCAAGUCAGUCUAGUCUCCUUCCCGUACAGUAAAGUCUUCCCUGCGGUAUCCGUCUUUCCCUCCUUGCAGUACAGUCUAGUCUCCUCCCCUGCAUACAGUCUAGUUGCCCUGCGUACAGUCCUGUCCUCUGCAUUACAGUGUAUUCUCCCUGCAGUACAGUCUAGUCUCCCUGCAGUGCAGUCUAGUCUCCUUCUCCUUCCAGUACAGUCUAGUCUCCUUCGCAUUCCUUCCAUUACAGUCUAGACUCCCUGCAGUACAAGUCUAGUCUCCCUGUCAGUACAGUCUAGUCUCCCUGCAGUGCAGUCUAGUCUCUUCCAGUACAGUCACGUCUCCCUGCAGUACAAUUAGUCGCCUUCCAGUAACAGUCUAGUCUCCCUGCAGUACAGUCAGUCUCCUUGCAUUACAAGUCUCCCGACAGUACAGUCCUAGUUUCCUGCAGUCAGUCUCCCUACAGUACAGUCUAGUCUCCCACAGUAACAGUCCUGUCCUCCUUUGCAGUACAGUCUAGUCUCCCUGCAGUACAGUCUCUCUGCAUUACAGUCCUAGUCUCCUUGCAGUACAGUCUAGCUCCCUGCAGUGGCAGUCUAGUCUCCUCCAGUACAGUCUAGUCUCCUUCCAGUACAGUCUAUACCCCUGGCCAUUCAAGUCUAGUCUCCCAGGGGGUCACCUGGCAGUACAGUUUUUAGUCUCCCUUCCUUGCAGUCCUAGUCUCCUUCCAGUGCAUGCCAUCUCCCUGCAGUACAAUCUAUCUCCUUCCCGUACAGUCUAGUCUCCCCUGCAGUAACAGUCUCCCUACAGUACAGUCUAGUUUCCCUCAGUAACAGUACCUCCCUGCAGUACAGUCUAAGUCUCCUUCAGUACAGUCUCCCUGCCGUACCGUCUAGUCUCUCCCUUCAGUACAUUCUAGUAUCGCCUGCAGUACAGUCCUGUCUCCUUCCAGUAACUGUUCUCCCUUCAGUAGCAGUCUAGUCUCCCUGCAGUACGUCUAGUCUCCAUGCAUACGUCUCCCUGCAGUACAGUCUAGUCUCCCUGCAGUACAUCUGAUUCUCCCUGCAGUUUGAGUCUAGGGUCCCGCAGUACAAGUCUAGUCUCCCUGUCAGUACAUUCUAGUUCCUUCCAUUUACGCUCUCCUACUGUACAGUCUAUCCUCCCUACAGUACAGUCCUAGUUCCCUGCAGUACAGUCCAAGGUCUCCUUCCAUUACAGUCUAUUCGCCCUGCAGUGCAUUCUAGUCGCCUUCCAGUACGUCUAUCCCUCCCUGCAAGUACAGUCUAGUCUCCCUGCAGUACAGUCUAAUUCUCCUGCAGUACCGUAUAGUCCUCCCUGCGUACUGUCUAGUCUCCCUUCCAGUACAGUCUAGUCCUCCCUUGCAGUACAGUCUAUCCCCUGCGUACAGUCUAUCUCCCUGCGUACAGUCCUAGUCUCCCUCCAGUAACAGUCUCAUUCUCUCCCUCAGUACAGUCUAGUCUUCGUUCCAGUACAGUCUAUAGUCUCCUGCAGUUACAGUCCUGUCCUCCCCUGCAGUAGACUCUCCUUCCAUAACCGUCUAGUCUCCCUGCAUACAGUCCUAGUCUCCCUUCAGUACGUCCUGUUCCUUCCCGUACAGUUCGUCUCCCUGCAUUACAUUCUAGUCUCCUUGCAGUACAUCUAGUCUCCCUUCAUACAGUCUAAGUUUCCCCUGCAGUACCAGGUCCUAGUCUCUCUGCAGUACAGGUCUAGUCUCCCUUCAGUACAGUCUCUCUCCCUGCAUAACAGUUAGUCUCCCUGCCAGUACAGUCUGUCUCCCUGCAGUUACAGUCUAGUCUCCUUCCAGUACAGUCUAGUCUCCCUGCAUACGAUUCUAGUUUCCCGCCGUACAGUCUCGUCCUCCCUGCAUUACAGUCUAGUAACCCUGCAGUACAGUCUAGUCCUCCCCUGCAGUACAGUCUAGUCCUCCCUGCAGUACAGUCUGUCCUCCCUGCAGAAAGUCUAGUCUCCUUCCAGUACAGUCUAGUCUCCCUGCAGUACAGUCCUAGUCCUCCUUCCAGUAACAGUCUUGUCUCCUGCAGUAACAGUCUAGUUUCCCUGCAGUAGCAGUCUAGUCUCUCUGCAGUACAGUCUAGUCUCCCUGCAGUACGUCUAGUCUCCCUGCAAUGCAGUCUAGUCUCCUUCCAGUACAGUUCUAGUCUCCUUCCAGUAACAGUCUAACUCCCUGCAGUACAGUCUAGUCUCCCGCAGUACAUGUCUAGUCUCCCUGCGAGUGCAGUCUAGUCUUUCCAGUAACAUCAAUUCCCUGCAGUACAAUCUAGGUCUCCUUCCAGUACAGCCUAGUCCCCUCAGUACAGUCUAUCUAGGCUCCUUGCAGUACGUCUCGGCUCCCCUCCCGACAGUACGUCCUAGUUUUCCCUGGUCCAUUACAGUCUCUUCCCUCCAGUACAGUCUAGUCCCCGACAGUACAGUCUAUCCCCUCCUUGCAGUACAGUCUAGUACUCCCUGCGUACCGUCUCUCUGCAGUACAGUCCUAGUCUCCUUGCAGUACAGUCUAGUCUCCCUGCAGUGCAGUCUAGUCUCCUUCAAGUACAGUUCUAGUCCCUUCCAGUACAGUCUAGACUCCCUGCAGUACAGUCUAGUCUCCCUGCAGUACAGUUUAGUCUCCCUUUCAUUGCAUUCCUGUCUCCUUCCAGUGCAGGCAGUCUUCACCUGCAGUACGAUCUGUCUCCUUCCAGUACAGUCUAGUCUCCCUGCAUAACAGUCUCCCUACGUACAGUCUAGUUUUCCCGCAGUACUGUCUCCCUGCAGUACAGUCUAGUCCUCCUUGCAGUACAGUCCUCCCUGCAGUACAGUCUAUCUCCCUUCAGUACAUUCUGUACCCGGGCAGUACGUCUGGGUCCCUUCCAGUAACAGUCUCCCUCAGACAGUGUCUGUCCCCUGCAGUACAGUCCUAGUCUCCAUGCGUUAGCAGUCUCCCUUCAGUACAGUCUAGUCUCCCUGCAUUACAUUCUAAGUCUCCCUGCGUUGAGUCUAAGUCUCUCACCUGCAGUACCGUUCUAGUCUCCCUGCAGUACAUCUAGUCUCCUGUCCAUUACAGUCUCCCUACAGUACAGUCUAUUCCCUCCUAUAACAGUACCGUCUAGUUUUCCCUGCAGUACAGUCAGUCUCCUUCCAGUACAGUCUAGUCUCCCUGCAGUGCAGUCUAGUCUCCUUCCCUACAGUCUAGUCUCCCUCCCUGCAGUACAGUCUAGUCUCCCUGGCAGUAUCAGUCUAGUCUCCCUGCAUGUACAGUCCUAGUCUCCCUGCAUUACGGUCUAGUCUCCUUCCAGUACGUCUAUUCUCCCUGCAGUACAGUCUAGUCCCUCCCUUGCAGUACAGUCUAGUCCGCCCUGCAGUAUCAGUCUAGUCUCCUUCCAGUACAGUCUAGUCUCCCUGCAGUUCCGUCUAGUAGCGUUCACAGGUACAGUUAGUCUCCCUGCGUACUUCUAGUCCUCCCUGCAUAGACUCCCUUCAUACAGUCUAGUCUCCUGCAGUACAGUCUAGUCUCCCUGCAGUACAGUCUAUUUCUUCCGUACAGUAUCUCUCCCUGCCGUAACAUUCUGUCUCCUUGCAGUACAGUCUAGUCUCCCUGCAGUACAGUCUAUUUUCCCUGCAGUACAGUCUAGUCUCAAAAAGCAGUCUCUGCAGUCACCAGUCGAGUCUCCCGGCAUUACAUCUAGUCUCCCUCAGUACAAGUCUAUCCUCCCGCAGUACCAGUCUAGUCUCCCUGCAGUCAGUCUAUUCUCCUUCCAGUACAGUCUAGUCUCCCUGCAGUACAGUCUAGUCUCCUUCCAGUACAGUCUUGUCUCCCUGGCAGUACAGUCUAGUUCUCGCCUUCAGUGCAGUCUAUUCUCCUCCGUACAGUCAGUCUCGUUCCAGUACAGCAGUCUUAGUCUCCCUGCCAGUACAGUCUAGUCUCCUUCCCGUACAGUAUUCUCCCUGCAAGUACAAGUCUUUCUUCCUUUCAGUACAGUCUUGUCUCCUGCAGUACAGUCUAGUUUCCCUGCAAUACAGUCUAGUCUCUCUUCAGUAAAGUCUAGUCCUCCCUGCAGUACAGUCUGUCUCCCUGCAGUGCGUCUAAGUAUCCUUCCAGUACAGUCUGUCUCCUUCAUUACAGUCUAGACUCCCUUCAAGUCCAGUCUAGUCUCCCCUGCAGUACAUCUAUCUCCCUGCAGUGGCCGUCUAGUCUUCUUCCGUACAGUCAAGUCCCCCUUCAGUACAAUCUAUUCUCUUCCUUCCAGUACAGUCUAGUCUCCCUGCAGUACAGUCUAGCUCCUUGCAGUACCGUCUCUCCCGACAGUACAGUCUAGUUCCCUUGCAGUACAGUCUCCUAACAGUUACCGUCCCUAGUCUCCCUCAGACAGUCCUAGUCUCCUUGAAGUACAGUCUAUCCCCCUGCGUACAGUCCUCUCUGCAUUACAGUCUAAUUCUCCUUGCAGUACAGUCUAGUCCUCCCUGCAGUGCAGUCUAGUCUCCUUUCAGUACAGCUAUAGUUCUCCCUGCAGUACAGUCGAGUCUCCCUGCAGUGCAGUCUAGUUUCCUUCUCCAUACAGUGCUAUUCUCCCUGCAGUACAGUCUACGGGCCUCCUUGCAGUCAGUCUAGUCUCCUUCCUGUACAGUCUAGUCUUCUUGCAGUACAGUAUAGUCUUCUUGCAGUACAGGUCUAGUCUCCAUGCAGGGGCAGUCUAAGUCUCCUUCCAGUACCAGUCCUAGUCUCCUGCAGUUACAGUCAGUCCGAUUCAGUACAGCUAGUCUUCCGUUGCAGUACAGUCAGUCUCCCUGCAGUCCAUUCUAGUCUCCAUGCAGUCAGUCUAGUCCUCCCUUCAGUACAUUCUGUCUCCUUCAGUACAGUCUAGGUCUCCCUGCAGUAAGUCUAGUCUCCUGAGUACGUCUAUCUCCCUACAGUACAGUCUAAGUCUCCUGCAGUACAGUAUAGUCUCCCUGCGUACAGUCUAUCUCCCUGCAAGGACUUCUAGUCCUCCCUGCAGUCAUUCUAGUCUCCCUGCAGUCCUUCUAGUCUCUCUACAGUACAGUCUAGUCUCGCCCUGCAGUACAGUCUAGUCUCCCUGCAGUACAUUCUCUCUCCCUUGCAGUAACCAUUCUAGUCUCCCUACAACAGUCCUAUUCUCCCUGCAGUAAAGUCUGUCUCCCUGCCGUACAAGUCUCCCUACGUACAUUCUAGUCUCCCUGCAGUAGCAUCUAUCUCCCUGCAUUAAAGUCCUAGUUACUCGUUCGAGUACAGUCUAGUCUCCCUGAGUAACGUCCCUAGUCUCCCUGCAAGUAGACUCUCCUUCCAGUACAGUCUAGCUCCCCUGCAGUACAGUCCCCUAGUCAUCCCCUGCAGUACAGUCUAGUUUCCUGCCGUUACCGUAUAGUCCUCCUCCUCCCUGCAGUUACGUCUAGUCCCUCCUUGCAGUACGUCUAGUCUCCCUGCGUACAGUCUAGUUUGCCUCCCCCUGCAGUACAGUCUAGUCUCUCUGCAGUAAACAGUCUAUUCUCCCUGCAGUACAGUCUAUCUUCCCUGCGUACAGUCUAGUCUCCCUCAUACAGUCUAGUCCCUCCUGCAGUCAAUUCUAGUCUCCUUCCAGUACCGUCUAGUCUCCUUGCAGUAAGUCUGUCUCCUUCCAUUACGUCCCUUGUCCCCUCCCUGCAGUAUAGUCUAGUCUCCCUCAGUGCAGUCUAGUCUCCUUCCAGUAACAGUCUAGUCUCCCUGCAGUCCAGUCUAGUUCUCCCUCAGUACGGCUAUAGUCUCCUGCCGUACCCGUAAUAGUCUCCCUGCAGUACAGUUUUUCUCCUGCAGGACAGUCCCUAGUCUCCCUGCAGUACAGUCGAGUUUUCCUGCAGUACAGUCUAGUCUCCUCUGCAUACAGUCUAGUCUCCCUUCAGUACAGUAUAGUCUCCUGCAGUGCAGUCUAGUCCUCCUUCCGUACAGUCUAGUCUCCUUCCAUCAGUCUAGGACUGCCCUGCAGUACAGUCUAGUCUCCCUCAGUACAGUCUAGUCUCCCUUCAGUGCAGUCUAGUCUCUUCCAGUACAAGUCCAAGUUCUCCCUGCAGUACAAUCUAGUCUCUUCCAGUACAGUCCCUAGUCUCCCGGCAGUACAGUCUAGUCCCCCCUUGCAGUACAGUCUCCCGACAGUACAGUCUAUUUUUCCUCCCUGCAGUACAGUCCUCCCUACCGUACAUCCUAUAGUCUCCCUACAGUACAGUCUAGUCCUCCUUGCAGUACAGUCCUAUUCCCUGCAGUACAGUCUCUCUGCAGUAAGUCUACGUCUCCUUGCAGUACAGUCCUAUCUCCUGCAGUGCAGUCCUAAGGCUCCUUCCAGUACAGUCUACUAGUCUCCUUCCAGUACAGUCUAGACCCCCUGCAGUACAUUCCCUAGUCCCUCCCCUGCAGUACAGUAUUAGUCUCCUCCUGCAUUGCAGUCUAGAGUCUCCUUCCAGUACAGGCAGUUCUGCAGUACAAUCUAGUCUCCUUCCAGUACAGUCUAGUCUCCUGCAGUACAGUCUCCCUACGUACAGUCUAGUUUCCCUGCAGUACAGUCUCCCUACAGUACAGUCAGUCCCCACAUACAGUCUAGUCCUCCUUGCAGUACAGCUAGACUCCCUUCAGUACAGUCUAGUCCUCCCUGCAUUACAGUCUACGUCUCCCUGCAGUGCAUCUAGUUUCCUUCCAGUACAGUCUAUCCCUGCAGUACAGUCUAGUCUCCUUGCCGUACAGUCUAUUCUCCCCUUCCUGUACAUUCUAGUCCUUCUUGCAGUACAGUCUAUCUUCUUGCGUACAGUCUAGUCUCCAAUGCGUGCGUCUAGUCCCUUCCAGUACAGUCUAGUCUCCCUGCCGUACAGUCACUCCUCCGAUGCAGUACAGUCUAGUCUCUUGCGUACAGUCUAGUCUCCCUGCAGUACAUCUAGUCUCCCUGCAGUACGUCGGAGUCUCCCUGCAGUACUUAUAAUUCCCUUCCAGUACAGUCCUAGUCUCCUGCAGUACAGUCUAUUCUCCCUGCAUACAGUCGUCUCCCUACAGUCAGUCUAAUCUCCCUUCCGUACCGUCUAGUCUCCCCUGCAGUACAGUCUAAGUCUCCCUGCGUACAUUCUAGUCUCCCUGCAAGUACAUUCUAGUCUCCCUGCAGUAACAUUCUAGUCCUCCCUACAAGUAGCAGUCUAAUCUCCCUCAGUACAGUCCCUAGUCCUCCCAUCUGCAUUACAUUCUAGUCUCCCUGCAGUACAUUCUAGUCUCCCUACAGUACAGUCUAGUCUCCCUGCAGUACAGUCUAGUCUCCCUGCAGUACAGUCUCCCUACAGUACAUUCUAGUCUCCCUGCAGUACAGUCUAGUCUCCUGCAGUACAGUCUAGUCUCCCUGCAGUACAUUCUAGUCUCCCUGCAGUACAUUCUAGUCUCCCUGCAGUACAGUCUAGUCCCUGCAGUACAGUCUAGUCUCCCUGCAGUACAGUCUAGUCUCCCUGCAGUACAGUCUAGUCUCCAUGCAGUACAGUCUAGUCUCCAUCCAGUACAGUCUAGUCUCCCUGCAGUACAUUCUAGUCUCCCUGCAGUACAGUCUAGUCUCCCUGCAGUACAGUCUAGGCUCCCUGCAGUACAUUCUAGUCUCCUUGCAGUACAGUCUAGUCUCCCUGCAGUAACAGUCUAGUCUCCCUGACAGUACAGUCUAGUUUCCCUACAGUACAGUCAUCAGUCUCCUUGCAGUACAGUCUAGUCUCCUUGCAGUACAGUCUAGUCUCCCUGCAGUACAGUCUCCCUACAGUACAGUCUAGUCUCCCUACAGUACAGUCUAGUCUCCUUGCAGUACAGUCUCCUUCCAGAACAGUCUAGUCUCCUUGCAGUACAGUCUAGUCUCCUUGCAGUACAGUCUAGUCUCCUUCCAGUACAGUCUAGUCUCCCUGCAGUGCAGUCUAGUCUCCCUGCAGUGCAGUCUAGUCUCCUUCCAGUACAGUCUAGUCUCCCUGCAGUACAUUCUAGUCUCCCUGCAGUACAUUCUAGUCUCCCUGCAGUACAUUCUAGUCUCCCUGCAGUACAGUCUAGUCUCCCUGCAGUACAGUCUAGUCUCCCUGCAGUACAGUCUAGUCUCCCUGCAGUACAGUCUAGUCUCCCUGCAGUACAUUCUAGUCUCCAUCCAGUACAGUCUCCCUGCAGUACAGUCUAGUCUCCUCCCUACAGUCUAGUCUCCCUACAGUACAGUCUAGUCUCCCUACAGUACAGUCUAGUCUCCCUGCAGUACAGUUCCUGGUCUCCCUGCGUCAUUACAGUCUGCUCCCUGCAGUACAGUCCUAGUCUCCCGCAGUACAGUCUAGUCUCCCUGCAGUACAUUCUAGUCCUCCCUGCAGUAACAGUCUAGUGUCCCUGCAGUACAGUCUAGUCUCCCUGCAGUACAGUCUAGUCUCCUUGCAGUACAGUCUAGUCUCCCUGCAGUACAUUCUAGUCUCCCUGCAGUACAGUCUAGUCUCCCUACAGUACAUUCUAGUCUCCUUCCAGUACAGUCUAGUCUCCCUGCAGUACAGUCUAGUCUCCCUGCAGUACAGUCUAGUCUCCCUACAGUACAGUCUAGUCUCCUUCCAGUACAGUCUAGUCUCCCUACAGUACAGUCUAGUCUCCCUAAAGUACAGUCUAGUCUCCCUACAGUACAGUCUAGUCUCCCUGCAGUACUGUCUAGUCAGUCUCCUGCAGUACAUUCUAGUCUCCCUGCAGUACAGUCUAGUCUCCCUGCAGUACAGUCUAGUCUCCCUGCAGUACAGUCUAGUCUCCCUGCAGUACAGUCUAGUCUCCAUGCAGUACAGUCUAGUCUCCUUCCAGUACAGUCUAGUCUCCCUGCAGUACAUUCUAGUCUCCCUGCAGUACAGUCUAGUCUCCCUGCAGUACAGUCUAGUCUCCCCUGCAGAACAUUCUAGUCUCCUUGCAGUACAGUCUAGUCUCCCUGCAGUACAGUCUAGUCUCCCUGCAGUACAGUCUAGUCUCCCUACAGUACAGUCUAGUCUCCCUGCAGUACAGUCUAGUCUCCUUGCAGUACAGUCUAGUCUCCCUGCAGUACAGUCUCCCUACAGUACAGUCUAGUCUCCCUACAGUACAGUCUAGUCUCCUUGCAGUACAGUCUCCUUCCAGAACAGUCUAGUCUCCUUGCAGUACAGUCUAGUCUCCUUGCAGUACAGUCUAGUCUCCUUCCAGUCAUCUAGUCUCGCUGCAGUGCAGUCUAGUCUCCCUGCAGUGUAGUCUAGUCUCCUUCCAGUACAGUCUAGUCUCCCUGCAGUACAUUCUAGUCUCCCUGCAGUACAUUCUAGUCUCCCUGCAGUACAUUCUAGUCUCCCUGCAGUACAGUCUAGUCUCCCUGCAGUACAGUCUAGUCUCCCUGCAGUACAUUCUAGUCUCCAUCCAGUACAGUCUCCCUGCAGUACAGUCUAGUCUCCCUACAGUACAGUCUAGUCUCCCUACAGUACAUUCUAGUCUCCCUGCAGUACAGUCUAGUCUCCCUGCAGUACAUUCUAGUCUCCCUGCAGUACAUUCUAGUGUCCCUGCAGUACAGUCUAGUCUCCUGCCGUACCGUGUAUCCCUCCCUGCAGUACAGUGUAGUCUCCCUGGCAGUCAUCUAGUCCUCCUUGCAGUAUAGUCUAGUCUCCUUGCAGUACAGUCUAGUGCUCGCUGGCUUCAGUACAGGCUCCCUACAGUACCAGUCUAGUCUCCCGGCAGUACAGUCCUAGUCCCCUGCAGUACAGUCCAUUCUCCUUGCAGUACAGUCUAGUCUCCCUGCAGUACAGUCUUCCUACAGUACAGUCUAGUCUCCUUGCAGUACAGUCUCCCUGCAGUACUGUCUAGUCUCCUUCCAGUACAGUCUAGUCUCCUUCCAGUACAGUCUAGUCUCUCCUCCCUUCAUUACAGUCUAGUUCUCCCUGCAGUACAGUCAGUCUCCCUUGCAUUAAAUCCUCCCUGCAGUACAGUCUUAUCCCUUCCUUACAGUCUAUUCUCCUUCCAGUAACCUCUAGUCCCGCCCUUCUACAUCUUAGUCUCCGCAGGUAACAGUCUAGUCUCCUUGCAUACAGUCUAGUCUCCCUGCAGUGCAGUCUAGUCUCCCCUUCGGCAGUCUAGUUCUCUUCCAGUACAGUUUAGUCCCUCCGUGCAGUACAGGUCCCCCCCUAGUCUCCUGCAGUACAGUGUAGUCUCCCUGCAGUACAGUCUAGUCUCCUUGCAGUAGAGCCUAGUCUCCCUGCAGUACAGUCUAGUCUCCAUGCAGUACAUUCUAGUCUCCCUGCAGUACAGUCUAGUCUCCCUGCAGUACAUUCUAGUCUCCUUCCAGUACAGUCUCCCUGCAGUACAGUCUAGUCUCCUAGCAGUACAGUCUAGUCUCCCUACAGUACAGUCUAGUUUUCCUGCAGUACAGUCUAGUCUCCUUCCAGUACAGUCUAGUCUCCUUCCAGUACAGUCUAGUCUCCCUUCAGUACAGUCUAGUCUCCCUGCAGUGCAGUCUAGUCUCCUUCCAGUACAGUCUAGUCUCCCUUCAGUACAUUCCAGUAUCCCUGCAGUACAGUCUGGGUCUCCUUCCAGUACAGUCUAGUCUCCCUUCAGUACAGUCUAGUCUCCCUGCAGUACAGUCUAGUCUCCAUGCAGUACAGUAUCCCUGCAGUACAGUCUAGUCUCCCUUUCAGUACAUUUCUAGUAUCCCUGCAGUACAUUCAUUCCCUUCAGUAAGUCUAGUCUCCCUGCAGUACAGUCUAUUCUCCAUGCAGUACAGUCCCCCUGCAGUACAGUCUAGUCUCCCUUCAGUCCAUCUAGUCUCCCUGCAGUAGAGUCUGUCUCCCUGCAGUAUACAUCUAGUCUCCCUGCAGUACAUUCUAGUCUCCUUCCAUUACAGUCUCCCUACAGUACAGUCUAGUCUCCCUACAGUACAGUCUAGUUUCCCUGCAGUACAGUCAAGUCUCCUUCCAGUACAGUCUAGUCUCCCUGCAGUGCCGUCCUAGUCGUCCUUCCAGUACAGUCUGUCUCCCUGCAAGUCAGUCUCGUAUCCCUGCAGUACAGUCUAGUCUCCCUGAAGUACAGUCCUGAGUCUCCCUGCAUACAGUCUAGUCCUCCUUCAUACCGUCUAGUCUCCCUGCAGUACAGUCUAGUCUCCUCCCCUGGCAGUACAUCUAGUCUCCCUGCAGUACAUUCUAGUCUCCCUGCAGUACAAGUCUCGUAUCCCUGCAGUACAGUCUAGUCUCCCUGCGUACAGUCAGUCUCCUUCCAGUACGUCUAGUCUCCCUGCAGUACAGUCUUAACCCUGCAGUACUUCUAGUCUCUCCCUGCAGUACAGUCUGGUCUCCUCCAGUACAGUCUAGUCUCCCUGCAGUACAGUUUUAGUCUCCUUCCAGUACAGUCUAGUCUCCUCCCUGCAGUACAGUCUAGUCUCCCGCAGUGCAUUCUAGUCCUCCUUCAAGUACAAGUCUAGUCUCCCUGGCAGUACAGUCUAGUCUCCUGCAGUACAGUCUAGUCUCCCUUCCAGUAGACUCUCCUCCAGCACAGUUCUAGUCUCCCCUGCAGUACGUCUAGUCUCCCUGCAAGUACAGUCUAGUUUUCCUUCCCGUACAGUAUAGUCUCCCUGCACUACGUCCUAAGCUCCUGCAGUACAGUCUAGUCUUCCUGCAGUAAACAGUCUAGUUCCCUGCAGUACAGUCUAGUCUCUCUGCAGUACAGUCUAGUCUCCCUGCAGUACAGUCUAGUCUCCCUGCAGUACAGUCUAGUCUCCCUGCAGUACAGUCUAGUCUCCCUGCAGUACAGUCUAGUCUCCUUCCAGUACAGUCUAGUCUCCCUGCAGUACAGUCUAGUCUCCUUCCAGUACAGUCUUGUCUCCCUGCAGUACAGUCUAGUCUCCCUGCAGUGCAGUCUAGUCUCCUUCCAGUACAGUCUAGUCUCCCUGCAGUACAGUCUAGUCUCCCUGCAGUACAGUCUAGUCUCCUUCCCGUACAGUAUAGUCUCCCUGCAGUACAGUCUAUUCUCCUUGCAGUACAGUCUAGUCUCCCUGCAGUACAGUCUAGUUUCCCUGCAGUACAGUCUAGUCUCUCUGCAGUACAGUCUAGUCUCCCUGCAGUACAGUCUAGUCUCCCUGCAGUGCAGUCUAGUCUCCUUCCAGUACAGUCUAGUCUCCUUCCAGUACAGUCUAGACUCCCUGCAGUACAGUCUAGUCUCCCUGCAGUACAGUCUAGUCUCCCUGCAGUGCAGUCUAGUCUUCUUCCAGUACAGUCAAGUCUCCCUGCAGUACAAUCUAGUCUCCUUCCAGUACAGUCUAGUCUCCCUGCAGUACAGUCUAGUCUCCUUGCAGUACAGUCUCCCGACAGUACAGUCUAGUUUCCCUGCAGUACAGUCUAGUCUCCUUCCAGUACAGUCUAGUCUCUCUACAGUACAGUCUAGUCUCCCUACAGUACAGUCUAGUCUCCUUGCAGUACAGUCUAGACUCCCUUCAGUAGAGUCUAGUCUCCCUGCAGUACAGACUAGUCUCCCUGCAGUGCAGUCUAGUCUCCUUCCAGUACAGUCUCCCUGCAGUACAGUCUAGUCUCCCUGCAGUACAGUCUAGUCUCCUUCCCGUACAGUCUAGUCUCCCUGUAGUACAGUCUAGUCUCCUUGCAGUACAGUCUCCCGACAGUACAGUCUAGUUUCCCUGCAGUACAAUCUAGUCUCCUUCCAGUACAGUCUAGUCUCCCUGCAGUACAGUCUAGUCUCCUUGCAGUACAGUCUCCCGACAGUACAGUCUAGUUUCCCUGCAGUACAGUCUAGUCUCCUUCCAGUACAGUCUAGUCUCCCUACAGUACAGUCUAGUCUCCCUACAGUACAGUCUAGUCUCCUUGCAGUACAGUCUAGACUCCCUUCAGUACAGUCUAGUCUCCCUGCAGUACAGACUAGUCUCCCUGCAGUGCAGUCUAGUCUCCUUCCAGUACAGUCUAGUCUCCCUGCAGUACAGUCUAGUCUCCCUGCAGUACAGUCUAGUCUCCUUCCCGUACAGUCUAGUCUCCCUGCAGUACAGUCUAGUCUCCUUGCAGUACAGUCUAGUCUCCCUGCAGUACAGUCUAGUUUCCCUGCAGUACAGUCUAGUCUCCCUGCAGUGCAGUCUAGUCUCCUUCCAGUACAGUCUAGUCUCCUUCCAGUACAGUCUAGACUCCCUGCAGUACAGUCUAGUCUCCCUGCAGUACAGUUUAGUCUCCCUGCAUUGCAUUCUAGUCUCCUUCCAGUACAGGCAAGUCUCCCUGCAGUACAAUCUAGUCUCCUUCCAGUACAGUCUAGUCUCCCUGCAGUACAGUCUCCCUACAGUACAGUCUAGUCUCCCUACAGUACAGUCUAGUCUCCUUGCAGUACAGUCUAGACUCCCUUCAGUACAGUCUAGUCUCCCUGCAGUACAGUCUAGUCUCCCUGCAGUGCAGUCUAGUUUCCUUCCAGUACAGUCUAGUCUCCCUGCAGUACAGUCUAGUCUCCUUGCAGUACAGUCUAGUCUCCUUCCUGUACAGUCUAGUCUUCUUGCAGUACAGUCUAGUCUUCUUGCAGUACAGUCUAGUCUCCAUGCAGUGCAGUCUAGUCUCCUUCCAGUACAGUCUAGUCUCCCUGCAGUACAGUCUAUUCUCGAUGCAGUACAGUCUAGUCUUCUUGCAGUACAGUCUAGUCUCCCUGCAGUACAUUCUAGUCUCCCUGCAGUACAGUCUAGUCUCCCUGCAGUACAUUAUAGUCUCCUUCCAGUACAGUCUAGUCUCCCUGCAGUACAGUCUAGUCUCCCUGCAGUACAGUCUAGUCUCCCUACAGUACAGUCUAGUCUCCCUGCAGUACAGUCUAGUCUCCCUGCAGUACAGUCUAGUCUCCCUACAGUACAUCUAGUCUCCCUGCAGGAAAGCCAUCUCCCUGCAGUACAUUCUAGUCUCCCUACAGUACAUCUAGUCUCCCUGCAGUACAUUCUAGUCUCCCUGCAGUACAGUCUAGUCUCCUGCAGUACAGUCUAGUCUCCCUGCAGUACAUUCUAGUCUCCCUGCAGUACAGUCUAGUCUCCUUGCAGUACAUUCUAGUCUCCCUGCAGUACAGUCUAGUCUCCCUGCAGUACAGUCUAGUCUCCCUGCAGUACAGUCUAGUCUCCCUGCAGUACAGUCUAGUCUCCCUGCAGUACAGUCUAGUCUCCCUGCAGUACAGUCUAGUCUCCCUGCAGUACAGUCUAGUCUCCCUGCAGUACAGUCUAGUCUCCUUGCAGUACAGUACUUGCAAAUUGACUUACCAUAGGGGCUUGGGAAUACCAUUACAUAAAGUAGGCACCUAUUUAGUCUGAAAAAAUGUGUCGUCAAAUUGACUUUAGACAGAUGACAAAGUUGUCAAUAGCUAGCAAAGUUAGUCAAAAAUAGCUAGCAAUGCUAACGUUAGCUAUUAUCCAGUGGUCUCCCCUCAAUCUUAGCUAGCUAGCUAACAUUAUACUGCAUUUAAAGUCAAUCUGGCGCCAUCAAAAUUAUGACAAAAGGUUUUCCUACUAAUUAUUUGCCUCCUUUGGAAACGUCAUCGUGUCUUCAAGCCACAGUAAUGAACUUUAGACCAACUCUUCAUCAGCGGCCAAUGGGGAUGCGUUGAGUAGAAUGUUCAGUGGGCCAUCAAACCUAAAACGAACGUCCAAAACAUCAAACCUAAAACGAACGUCCAAAACAAUAUUGUGACGAAACUUGCAAUCCAUGAAUAGUGAUGCUUUUGACACCAAGCAAACCUGUUCAAAUAAGCAACAAUGGGACAAACUACUUUUUACAUUUUAUUUGUCUAUAUUUCUGCCAUAUAUGUCUUAAAAAUCCAUGUCAACAUAUUUAUCAAGAUAUAUAUAUAUAUAUAUAUAUAGUCUGUAAAAGGCAGAUAUUUCUAAAUAAUGUGUCAUCAAAAAGAAUACAGUAUAUUACACAAAACUAGAGGGUUUAAAUACACACUCAAAUAUUACAUUUCUACAAAAAGCUAACCAUAAAUAACAUCACAUUAUAUGCAGGUACUUUACUUAAAUCAGUACAUGUCCUCAUCACUAGUUUCAUGUAGCUUUUCUAGAAAAUUCAUUAUCAUACAAACUGAUAAAUCAUACAAGUCUGAGAAGACAUUUGAGAGACAUUGAGACACCUCUUAUUGGGGACGAGAAAGUUUAUCGCGUUUUCAAUAACCCUCAUAUUUGGAGGACUGUUUAUGGAAGCUUGUGCAUGUCACACCCUGGCUCUGGGACUCUAUUUGUUGAGCCAGGGUGUGUUUAUUCUAUGUGUUAUAUGUUUAUGUUGGGGGUUCUAGUUUGUUGAUUUUCUAUGUUUGCCUGAGUGACUCCCAAUCAGAGGCAACGAGUGUCAGCUGUUGGCUGGUUGUCUCUGAUUGGGAGCCAUAUUUAACUGUCUGUUUUUCCCUUUGUGUUUGUGGGUUUUUGUUCCGUGUUCGGUCAUUGUUACCGUGGACUUCACGAGUCGUUUCUUGUUUUGUUUAUUGUUUCUAUUAUCACUAAAGAUAAUAAAGUUAACCAUGUUCGUUCAUCACGCUGCGCAUUGGUCUCUCCCUGACGAUCGUGAUAGAAAAACCCACCGUACCAGGACCAAGCAGCGUGUCCAGGAACAGGCAGACUGGACAUGGGAGGAAGAGCCGGGAAAGGAGAUGGAGAGGCUGGCGAUGGCCCAGGUGGGCAAAUCGUGGUCCUGGGAGGACAUGCUCGGGGGCAAAGGGCCAUGGGCAAGGAUUAAGGCCCUGGCGAGAGAGGAGCAGCGGCGUCAGCAGUGUCAUCGUCGGAAGGACGAGAGGCAACCCCAAAACAUUUUUAGGGGGGGGCACACGGCAUGGGCGGCUGGGCAGCAGGAGGCUGCCACAGGGCGAUUUGGAGAGAAGGCCACCGGGUUUGGGGGGCCAGAAGGCAGGUUGGCGGAGCCUGGAUGGAGAGCGGAACCAACGUCCCGUACUCAGGCAUGGCAGCAUGGGACGGGGCAGGUUCCGCGGUAUGCGGAGCGGCGUACUGUGCCACGAGUGGUCCGGCAUAGUCCUGUACGUCCUGUGCGAGCACCCCGCACGUGUCGUGCGAAGGUGGGUAUGCAGCCAGGACGGAGUGUGCCGGCUCAACGCUCGUGGUCUCCAAUGCCUCUCCGCGGUCCCGGAUAUCCUGCUCCAGUGUCACGUGCUGUUAUGCCAGUACGGGUACACAGCCCUGUACGUCCUGUGCGGAUGCCUCACACAGAGUGUGUGAAGGUAGGCAUUCAGCCAGGACGGGUUGUGGCCGCUCUUCACUCCAGGUCUCCUAUCCGUCUCCACAGCCCGGUUCGGCCUGUCCCUGCUCCACGCACCAAGACUACGGUGUGCGUCGCCAGCCCGGUCCGGCCUGUCCCUGCUCCACGCACCAAGCCUACGGUGCGCGUCGCCAGCCCGGCCCGGCCUGUUCCUGCCACUCGCACCAAGUCUACGGUGCGCGUCGCCAGCCCGGCCCGGCCUGUUCCUGCCACUCGCACCAAGUCUACGGUGCGCGUCGCCAGCCCGGCCCGGCCUGUUCCUGCCACUCGCACCAAGCCAGGGGUGCGAGUCGUCAGCCUGGUCCAGCCCGUUCCUGCCACUCGCACCAAGCCAGGGGUGCGAGUCGUCAGCCUGGUCCAGCCCGUUCCUGCUACUCGCACCAAGCCAGGGGUGCGAGUCGUCAGCCUGGUCCAGCCCGUUCCUGCCACUCGCACCAAGCCAGGGGUGCGAGUCGUCAGCCUGGUCCAGCCCGUUCCUGCUACUCGCACCAAGCCAGGGGUGCGAGUCGUCAGCCUGGUAAGGCCCGUCGCUGCUCCACGCACCAAGCCAGGGGUGCGAGUCGUCAGUCCGGUGAGGCCCGUUCCGGCUCCACGCACCAAGCCAGGGGUGCGCAUCGUCAGCCCGGUCCGGCCCGUUGCUGCUCCAUGCACCAAGCCAGGGGUGCGAGUCGUCAGUCCGGUGAGGCCCGUUCCGGCUCCACGCACCAAGCCAGGGGUGCGUAUCGUCAGCCCGGUCCGGCCCGUUGCUGCUCCACGCACCAAGCCAGGGGUGCGCAUCGUCAGCCAGGUCCGGUCCUUUCCUGCCUCACGCACCAAGCCAGGGGUGCGCGUCGUCUGUCCGGCACAACCCGUGCCUGGGUCACCGGUGCCUAACCAGGUACCGGUCAACGGCUCCACUACGGAGCUGAAGCUAACCGCUCCUGCUACGUCCAGUCCAGCUCCAGCCAGCGGGGCCAGACCGGACCAGGGGCGCUAUGGGGGGUUUGUUGGAGGGUGGUGGGCAAGGCCGGAGCCAGAACCGCCGCCGAGGAGGUAUGCCCACCCAGCCCUCCCCUGUUUUGCUCUUAUUGAGGCGCGGUGCAUGUCACACCCUGGCUCUGGGACUCUAUUUGUUGAGCCAGGGUGUGUUUAUUCUAUGUGUUAUAUGUUUAUGUUGGGGGUUCUAGUUUGUUGAUUUUCUAUGUUUGCCUGAGUGACUCCCAAUCAGAGGCAACGAGUGUCAGCUGUUGGCUGGUUGUCUCUGAUUGGGAGCCAUAUUUAACUGUCUGUUUUUCCCUUUGUGUUUGUGGGUUUUUGUUCCGUGUUCGGUCAUUGUUACCGUGGACUUCACGAGUCGUUUCUUGUUUUGUUUAUUGUUUCUAUUAUCACUAAAGAUAAUAAAGUUAACCAUGUUCGUUCAUCACGCUGCGCAUUGGUCUCUCCCUGACGAUCGUGACAGUGCAUGUAUUUGGUGUAGACGUGGGUAACGUAGUGAAUUUGCUGACACAACUGGGUUCCUUUUGUCCUUGUGAUAUAAUGUGAGAAAAUGACAAAUGACUGGAUUCAAACCGAUUCAAGCUAGAUCCUCUUGAUAGUUAAAGGUAAUUUCCUAUAGAGCCGACAUAUGCAGUUGUCACGACUUCCGCCGAGGCUGCCCCUCCUCCUGGUUCGGGCAGGCUUCGGCGUUCGUCGUCACCGGAGUACUAGCUACUGCCGAUCGCAUUCUCAUCACUCCACUUGUCAUGUCUUGUCAAUCACGCACACCUGGUGCUCAUUCCCCUAAUUAGUAUGUGUAUAAGUGUUCCCUCUGUUCCCCUUGUCUUUGUGAGUGAUUGUUGAGUGUGAGAGCGAGUAGCUCGGUCGAGCUACUCUUCAUGUUGUACUCGCCUAGAAGGAAGGUUUUCCCUUGGUAUAGUUUCGUUUUCACGCUGGGAGCGUUCGAUUUAUGUAAAAGGAAUAAACUCUGGACUUCGGUGUUUUACCUCUGUAUUUCAUACCUCGUCACAGCAGUGUUUACUGUGAAUGCUAACCUCCGCUAACGGGUGAACACUGCCUUUAUAAUGUGCCAAACAGGGGCUAUCUGAUGAAAUCCCCGGGCCAAUAUCUUUUCACCUCAAUGAACGGUGAGAAGAUCAGAGAACACACCAAAGUAAGGACCACCAAACCUUACAGGAGAUACUAGAGAGGAACGGACAUUGUUUCAGGAUGUCCCCUGAUGACUUAUUAAAGCUGGAAGCUAUUUGAUAUUUUCCAAGAUGGAGAUGUUUAGAUCACAAUUUUGUCAGUGUGUGUGUGUGUGUGUGUGUGUCUGUGUGUGGGCGACUAGUAUUGUUUGUAACAACUGACAAAGUGAAAUAUAAACUUUUCCCCAGAACUGUUUGAUGUUGGGGGUUCACCGGAGUGUCUGAAGUCAGGGUACGCCUAAAUGGCUGCCUAUACAUGGAUUGUUUAUGGCUCUUUAGGCCUAGAUUCCAUCUGUAGCGCUGAACAUCUACUCUAUAGUAAUUUUUCGAUUGAGCCCCGUGCCCAAGGACUCUAAGAUAACCUGCCUAAAUGACUACCGACCCGUAGCACUGACAUCUGUAGCCAUGAAGUGCUUUGAAAGGCUGGUCAUGGCUCACAUCAACAGCAUUAUCCCAGAAACCCUAGACCCACUCCAAUUUGCAUACCGCCCCAACAGAUCCACAGAUGAUGCAAUCUCUAUUGCACUCCACACUGCCCUUUCCCACCUGGACAAGAGGAACACCUACGUGAGAAUGCUAUUCAUUGACUACAGCUCAGCGUUCAACACCAUAGUGCCCUCAAAGCUCAUCACUAAGCUAAGGAUCCUGGGACUAAACACCUCCCUCUGCAACUGGAUCCUGGACUUCCUGACGGGCCGCCCCCAAGUGGUAAGGGUAGGUAACAACACAUCUGCCACACUGAUCCUCAACACGGGGGCCCCUCAGGGGUGCGUGCUCAGUCCCCUCCUGUACUCCCUGUUCACCCAUGACUGCAUGGCCAGGCACGACUCCAACACCAUCAUUAAGUUUGCCGACGACACAACAGUGGUAGGCCUGAUCACCGACAACGAUGAGACAGCCUAUAGGGAGGAGGUCAGAGACCUGGCCGUGUGGUGCCAGGACAACAACCUCUCCCUCAACGUGACCAAGACAAAGGAGAUGAUUGUGGACUACAGGAAAAAAAAGAGGACUGAGCACGCCCCCAUUCUCAUCGACGGGGCUGUAGUGGAACAGGUUGAGAGCUUCAAGUUCCUUGGUGUCCACAUCACCAACGAACUAUCAUGGUCCAAACACACCAAGACAGUCGUGAAGAGGGCACGACAAAGCCUAUUCCCCCUCAGGAGACUGAAAAGAUUUGGCAUGGGUCCUCAGAUCCUCAAAAAAUUCUACAGCUGCACCAUCGAGAGCAUCCUGACUGGUUGCAUCACCGCCUGGUAUGGCAACUGCUUGACCUCCGACCGCAAGGCACUACAGAGGGUAGUGCGUACGGCCCAGUACAUCACUGGGGCCAAGCUUCCUGCCAUCCAGGACCUCUAUACCAGGCGGUGUCAGAGGAAAGCCCUCAAAAUUGUCAAAGACUCCAGCCACCCUAGUCAUAGACUGUUCUCUCUGCUACCGCACGGCAAGCGGUACCGGAGUACCAAGUCUAGGUCCAAAAGACUUCUCAACAGCUUUUACCCCCAAGCCAUAAGACUCCUGAACAGCUAAUCAUGGCUACCCUGACUAUUUGCACUGCCCCCCCACCCCAUCCUUUUACGCUGCUGCUACUCUGUUAAUUAUUUAUGCAUAGUCACUUUAACUCUGCCCACAUGUACAUAUUACUUCAACUACCUCAACUAGCCGGUGCCCCCGCACAAUGACUCUGCACCGGUACCCCCCUGUAUAUAUAGCCUCCCUACUGUUAUUUUAUUUUACUUCUGCUCUUUUUUUCUCAACACUUUUUUUGUUGUUGUUUUAUUUUUACUUUUUUGUUAAAAAUAAAUGCACUGUUGGUUAAGAGCUGUAAGUAAGCAUUUCACUGUAAUGUCUGCACCCGUUGUAUUCGGCGCAUGUGGCCAAUACAAUUUGAUUUGAUUUGAUUUGACAUAUGUAGCAUUUACCAUGAAUGCAGUCUCCACGAAUGCGUGAACAUACAACUAUAGCGCUGAUCUUCAAGGCAACGGAUUUAAUCUAGCCCUUCAUAUAAUCUAGCCCUUCAUAUAAUCUAGCCCUUCAUAUAAUCUAGCCCUUCAUUUAAUCUAGCCCUUCAUUUAAUCUAGCCCUUCAUAUAAUCUAGCCCUUCAUAUAAUCUAGCCCUUCAUAUAAUCUAGCCCUUCAUAUAAUCUAGCCCUUCAUAUAAUCUAGCCCUUCAUAUAAUCUAGCCCUUCAUAUAAUCUAGCCCUUCAUUUAAUCUAGCCCUUCAUAUAAUCUAGCCCUUCAUAUAAUCUAGCCCUUCAUUUCUUAAUGAAUUUGCUGGUCAUUGUAAAGAAACAUCGCUUUCAAAAUGUACUGUUCGAUUAUGAUGCAUUUGAUAAUGGAGUUUAAAACAGGACAAUAAAUGAUUAAUUAAGAGGGCACCCUUAGAGAGACUGAGCUGUUGUAUGUAAGCAUUUACGUUGCUGUUUGACAACUGCUUUGGAAUUGGGAGAAAAACCUUAAGACAUAGCUCCUGUAUAUGAUGUUGUUGCAGUGAGUGGGAUUGGUUCCACUCCAAUAGAAGGCUUUUCAUUUAACUACUGUAGUUUUAAAGGUUCCAAUCAGCAUUAUAUCAUUUGAAUCACCCAGUAUUGGCCCUGGUUCAACAGCAGACUGCCAGUGACCUGUGUGGAUGUAUUUACCUUCUGCAAGGCCUGCAGUGACUGGCCUCUGUGUUCCCCCAACCCCAGCCUUGCCAGAUUACUUUUUGGCUGGUCUGAUGUGGGAUUUUUCAAAUUAUGAUUUUUCCAACUGACACUACAUAUUUUGUAAUUAAAAUGUCCCUAGGACAUUUAACACUAAACAGCCACCGAAAUUAGAUGUUUGGAGGGAAUGACGGUGAUUUUCAAUGUCUGUCAAUGUCUGCUUUGAAAAACAAAACCUUUUAGAUCAUCUCCAAGUUGGAAAAAAUACAGGAAUUACAUUCAAAUCAGUUAUAAUAGAGCAUCAAAUCAUACAUCCUUAUUUCACUUGUUCGAUUCAAACACCUAGCCUUCAGAGUCAUACUAGACUCCCUGAAGCUCCGCUCUUGUCAGAUAUAUAUUUUUGUCUGUGUCAUCACCUCUCAAAUUCCGAGAGGAAAACUCGGAUCAGUCUGCUUUCCAACAGACACAGAGACUAAUUCACCUUUCAGCAGGACAAUAAACUAAAACACAAGGCCAAAUAUACAAUGGAGUUGCUUACCAAGACGACAGUGAAUGUUCCUGAGUGGCCGAGUUACAGUUUUGACUUAAAUCGGCUUGAAAAUCUAUGGCAAGACUUGAAAAUGGCUGUCUAGCGAUGAUCCAUUUAGAAAAUAAUAAUGUGCAAAUAUUGAAAGCCCCCCCAGGUAUUUUUUGUAUUUCAUUUUCAACAAAUUUGCCCAAAAAUCUACAAACAAGUUUUCACUUCAUCUUUAUUUUGUGUAGAUGGGUGAGAAAAACAAUCAAUUUAAUCCAUUUUGAAUUCAGGCUGUAACACAACAAAAUGUGGAAUAAGUCAAGGAGUGUGAAUACUUUCUGAAGGCUUCCCUAACCCUAAUACUGCACUGGUAUUCAUAUCAGAAGUGUUCUUAACUAUAUGACUAUCUUUUAUCUUGUAUUUCUAUUAUUACUCACAAUGGGCCUCAGGAUCUCGUCACGGUGUCUCUGGGCAUUCAAAUUGACGUCGAUCAAAUGCAAUUGUGUUCGUUGUCCGUAGCUUAUGCCUGCCCAUACCAUAACCCCACCGCCACCACGGGGCACUCUGUUCACAACGUUGACAUCAGCAAACAGCUCGCCCACAUGACGCCAUACACGUGGUCUGCGGUUGUGAGGCCGGUUGGACGUACUGCCAAAUUCUCUUAAACGAUGUUGGAGGCGGCUUAUGGUAGAGAAAUUAACAUUCAAUUCUCUGGCAACAGCUCUGGUGGACAUUCCUGCAGUCAGCAUGCCAAUUGCAAGCUCCCUCAAAACUUGAGACAUAUGUGGCAUUGUGUUGUGUGAAAAAACUGCACAUUUUAGAGUGGUCUUUUAUUGUCCCCAGCACAAGGUGCAACUGUGUAAUGAUCAUGCUGUUUAAUCAGCUUCUUGAUAUGCCACACCUGUCAGGUGGAUGGAUUAUCUUGGCAAAUGAGAAAUGCUCACUAACAGGGAUAUAAACAAAUGUGUGCACAACAUUUGAGAGAAAUAAGCUUUUUGUGCGUAUGGAAAAUGUCUAGGAUAUUUUAUUUCAGCUCAUGAAACAUGGGACCAACACUUUACAUGUUGCGUUUAUAUUUUUGGUUCAGUUUGAGGGAAGGGUAUGUUACAGAAUAACCUUUGCAUAUAUUCUUUCAAGAAAGGAACCUUUAGAAAAUAAGCAAAGUAGAUAGGUUUUUACCAAACAAUUUUACAUUGCAAAGUGUAUUCAUUGUUACAUAAUAAGUGUAUUACUUACAUAAUUUACUUUGAUUGGUUGAUUCAGAGUGAAAAAUAUAAAUACCCAACUACACCAUAACAGAACCAUCUAGUGUACAUACCAUCUGUACUCUAUCCACUGAGUAUACAAAACAUUUACAACACUUUCCUAAUAUUGAUACUCACGGGAAACUGUUGAUCAUGAAAGACCCAGCAGCGUGGCAGUUCUUGACACACUCAAACAGGUUCGCCUGGCACCUACUACCAUAACCCGUUCAAAGGCACUUUUGUCUUGCCCAUUCACCCUCUGAAUGACACACAUACACAAUCCAUGUCUCAAUUGUCUCAAGUCUUAAAAAUCCUUCUUUAACCGGUCUCCUCCCCUUCAUCUACACUGAUUGAAGUGGAUUUAACAAGUGACAUCAAUAAGGGAUCAUAGCUUUCACCUGGAUUCACCUGGUCAGUCUAUGUCAUGGAAAGAGCAGGUGUUCUUAAUGUUUUGUACACUCAGUGUAUAUACACAUGUUAGCAGGCGUACAAAGACUAAACAUCUCCUGAAAUAGCUUGGGAUCUGUUCCUUUAGUGUGGACCAGCGCCUUAUACACUCACUGGCCGGUUUAUUGUCCAUUACCGGGUCGGACCCCCCUUUGCAUCCAGAACAGCCUAAAUUCUUCAGGCAUGGAUUCUACAAGUCGGAAACGUUCCACAGGGAUGUUGGUCCAUGCUGACGCGAUGUCAUCACGCAGUUGCUACAGAUUGGACGGCGGUACACCAGCCUGUACCGUUGACACCAGGCUGGAUAGGGCCAUGGACUCAUGCUGCUUACGCCAAAUCCUGACUCUGACAUCAGCAUGACGCAACAGGACCUGGGAUUCGUCAGACCAGGAAACAUUUUUUUCCCCCUCCUCAGUUGUCCAGUGUUGGUGAUGGCGUGCCCACUGGAGCCACUUCUUCUUGUUUUUAGCUGAUAGGAGUGGAACCCGGUGUGGUCGUCUGCCGCUAUAGCCCAUCGGUGACAAGGAACGAUAAAUUGUGCGUUCACUGUACUGCUCCGUUAUUUGUGUGUUUGUGACCCGCCUGUUAGCUUGCACGAUUCUUGCCAUUCUCCUUUGACCUCUCUCAUCAACGAGCUGUUUUCACCCACGGGACUACAACUGACUGGAUGCUUUUUGUCAAUAUUGCCCAUGGGGAGCUAACAUCGCCUGCUCCCAAGCGUUCUCACUACUUAGAAAAACUCAAUAUUGCCCAUGGGGAGCUAACAUCGCCUGCUCCCAAGCGUUCUCACUACUUAGAAAAACUCAAUAUUGUUGGGCUUCCCUCGUGUCCCUUUUCAUAACAGCGCUAGCAGCCACACGAGUGAGUGAGUGAGUGAGCGACUGCUAGCUAGCUACUGACCGGAACAUUAAGCUAGCCAGGAAAAACAAACUGACUAUACAGCUACAAGCAGUGAGUGGAGUUACAAACGGACUAUACUAAACAAGUUAAAUGUCUUACCUGUGAUUUAAAUGUUUUCCACACGCAUAGCUACGUGUAGCCUACUAGGACACUGGUCCCCACAUUUCCCACAUUGAAUAGCCUGGAGCCACAGGGCUCUUCUCGCAGGCUCUAUUUCCCCACAUUUCCCACGUUGAAUAGCCUGGAGCCACAGGGCUCUUCUCGCAGGCUCUAUUUCCCCACAUUUCCCACGUUGAAUAGCCUGGAGCCACAGGGCUCUUCUCGCAGGCUCUAUUUCCCCACAUUUCCCACGUUGAAUAGCCUGGAGCCACAGGGCUCCUCUCGCAGGCUCUAUUUCCCUAUAUUUCCCUACGUGAGAGCAUUGCAGACCAUAGGUCGGGAUUUUUGACCUGGUUACAUUGAACAACACAGCAGCUUUUCGGCAUGUAAUGUUAUUGAUAUUUUACACUGGGGGUCAAUAGAAAAUGAUGUUUGUUUUCCCCAAUUUGUGGGCGUGGUUGAGGGGGAUUCCUUAUUAUUAUGUAAAUAUCAACUCAGAGUAUUGUCCUAUCAUGUAAAUGCAUCAUAAUGCAUAAACCUCAAUGUCCUAACUCUCUAUACACAUGGCUCUGGACCAGCUAGAGACCAUUCCAAACAAGUUCAUUAUUUUAGCUGCAAAGCCUUCGUUGACCCUAUUUUAGGAGAUCGCUGGUCAACAAGUGAAUUGAAGUGAGAUGCAUGUGCAAUCCAUCUCUGAUCUGGUCUAUAGCAGUUAUCUCUGAUGUGGCCUAUACCAGUUAUCUCUGAUGUGGCCUAUACCAGUUAUCUCUGAUGUGGCCUAUACCAGUUAUCUCUGAUGUGGCCUAUACCAGUUAUCUCUGAUCUGGACUAUACCAGUUAUCUCUGAUGUGGCCUAUACCAGUUAUCUCUGAUGUGGCCUAUACCAGUUAUCUCUGAUGUGGCCUAUACCAGUUAUCUCUGAUCUGGACUAUACCAGUUAUCUCUGAUGUGGCCUAUACCAGUUAUCUCUGAUGUGGCCUAUACCAGUUAUCUCUGAUGUGGCCUAUACCAGUUACAGUGAGGGAAGAAAGUAUUUGAUCCCCUGCUGAUUUUGUACGUUUGCCCACUGACAAAGAAAUUAUCAGUCUAUAAUUUUAAUGGUAGGUUUAUUUGAACAGUGAGAGACAGAAUAACAACAAAAAAAUCCAGAAAAACGCAUGUCAAAAAUGUUAUAAAUUGAUUUGCAUUUUAAUGAGGGAAAUAAGUAUUUGACCCCCUCUCAAUCAGAAAGAUUUCUGGCUCCCAGGUGUCUUUUAUACAGGUAACGAGCUGAGAUAAGGAGCACACUCUUAAAGGGAGUGCUCCUAAUCUCAGUUUGUUACCUGUAUAAAAGACACCUGUCCACAGAAGCAAUCAAUCAAUCAGAUUCCAAACUCUCCACCAUGGCCAAGACCAAAGAGCUCUCCAAGGAUGUCAGGGACAAGAUUGUAGACCUACACAAGGCUGGAAUGGGCUACAAGACCAUCCCCAAGCAGCUUGGUGAGAAGGUGACAACAGUUGGUGCGAUUAUUCGCAAAUGGAAGAAACACAAAAUAACUGUCAAUCUCCCUCAGCCUGGGGCUCCAUGCAAGAUCUCACCUCGUGGAGUUGCAAUGAUCAUGAGAACGGUGAGGAAUCAGCCCAGAACUACACGGGAGGAUCUUGUCAAUGAUCUCAAGGCAGCUGGGACCAUAGUCACCAAGAAAACAAUUGGUAACACACUACGCCAUGAAGGACUGAAAUCCUGCAGCGCCCGCAAGGUCCCCCUGCUCAAGAAAGCACAUAUACAGGGCCGUCUGAAGUUUGCCAAUGAACAUCUGAAUGAUUCAGAGGAGAACUGGGUGAAAGUGUUGUGGUCAGAUGAGACCAAAAUCGAGCUCUUUGGCAUCAACUCAACUCGCCGUGUUUGGAGGAGGAGGAAUGCUGCCUAUGACCCCAAGAACACCAUCCCCACCGUCAAACAUGUGGAAACAUUAUGCUUUGGGGGUGUUUUUCUGACAGGACAACUUCACCACAUCAAAGGGACGAUGGACGGGGCCAUGUACUGUCAAAUCUUGGGUGAGAACCUCCUUCCCUCAGCCAGGGCAUUGAAAAUCGGUUGUGGAUGGGUAUUCCAGCAUGACAAUAACCCAAAACACACGGCCAAGGCAACAAAGGAGUGGCUCAAGAAGAGGCACAUUAAGGUCCUGGAGUGGCCUAGCCAGUCUCCAGACCUUAAUCCCAUAGAAAAUCUGUGUAGGGAGCUGAAGUUUUGAGUUGCCAAACGUCAGCCUUGAAACCUUAAUGACUUGGAGAAGAUCUGCAAAGAGGAGUGGAACAAAAUCCCUCCUGAGGUGUGUGCAAAUCUGGUGGCCAACUACAAGAAACCUCUGACCUCUGUGAUUGCCAACAAAGGUUUUGCCACCAAGUACUAAGUCAUGUUUUGCAGAGGGGUCAAAUACUUAUUUCCCUCAUUAAAAUGCAAAUCAAUUUAUAACAUUUUUGACAUGCGUUUUUCUGGAAAAUGUUGUUGUUAUUCUGUCUCUCACUGUUCAAAUAAACCUACCAUUAAAAUUAUAGACUGAUCAUGUCUUUGUCAGUGGGCAAACGUACAAAAUCAGCAGGGGAUCAAAUACUUUUUUCCCUCACUGUAUCUCUGAUGUGGCCUAUACCAGUUAUCUCUGAUGUGGCCUAUACCAGUUAUCUCUGAUCUGGACUAUACCAGUUAUCUCUGAUGUGGCCUAUACCAGUUAUCUCUGAUGUGGCCUAUACCAGUUAUCUCUGAUGUGGCCUAUACCAGUUAUCUCUGAUCUGGACUAUACCAGUUCUCUCUGAUCUGGACUAUACCAGUUCUCUCUGAUCUGGACUAUACCAGUUAUCUCUGAUGUGGCCUAUACCAGUUAUCUCUGAUGUGGCCUAUACCAGUUAUCUCUGAUGUGGCCUAUACCAGUUAUCUCUGAUGUGGCCUAUACCAGUUAUCUCUGAUCUGGACUAUACCAGUUCUCUCUGAUCUGGACUAUACCAAAGCCAUUCUGUGCUGGCCCUCGUAAAGGGAGAAUACAGACCUAUAUCUUUCUGCAGAGAUGAGAUGUAAUGCAAGUGGUGCUGAGUAACUGGUAACUUUCCUGAGUUGAUGAAAUAAAAUAAAAAAAAAUUAAAACACCAAAAAUAAAAACACAAAACAAUGACAGUAUGUCUUUCUUUAAAUAGCAUGACUCCUCUGAGGACAGUGUGUAGAGUCUUUGGUCACAUUUCCCAUGAUGCUUCCUUCUGCGCUACGUUGCUUCGCUGGAACGGAGACGGUAACCGUGGUGACGCUCUACGCCGCCGAGAAGUUAGAUCUGAUAGAAUCUUCUCGUAACUGACGACGCUUCCCGAUGUCACGUUCCUCCCUCGCCGUGCGCCUCUCAAUGGUUAUAGUGUAGUUCUUCCUGUUAGGAAAAAAACAAAAGGCUUUGAGUUCAUCUUCACAUUCAUUACACUUUUAUUUAGACCAGGCAAGUAAUUUUGUUUACGGUGAUGAUUACCCUACAGCUGUCAUGUCUGUAUUCCUAUAGCUGUCAUGUCUGUAUUCCCCCUAUAGCUGUCAUGUCUGUAUUCCCCCUAUAGCUGUCAUGUCUGUAUUCCUAUAGCUGUCAUGUCUGUAUUCCUCCUAUAGCUGUCAUGUCUGUAUUCCCCCUAUAGCUGUCAUGGCUGUAUUCCCCCUAUAGCUGUCAUGUCUGUAUUCCCCCUAUACCUGUCAUGUCUGUAUUCCUAUAGCUGUCAUGUCUGUAUUCCUCCUAUAGCUGUCAUGGCUGUAUUCCCCCUAUAGCUGUCAUGUCUGUAUUCCCCCUAUACCUGUCAUGUCUGUAUUCCUAUAGCUGUCAUGUCUGUAUUCCUAUAGCUGUCAUGUCUGUAUUCCCCCUAUAGCUGUCAUGUCUGUAUUCCCCCUAUAGCUGUCAUGUCUGUAUUCCUCCUAUAGCUGUCAUGUCUGUAUUCCCCCUAUAGCUGUCAUGUCUGUAUUCCCCCUAUAGCUGUCAUGUCUGUAUUCCUCCUAUAGCUGUCAUGUCUGUAUUCCUAUAGCUGUCAUGUCUGUAUUCCUAUAGCUGUCAUGUCUGUAUUCCUAUAGCUGUCAUGUCUGUAUUCCUAUAGCUGUCAUGUCUGUAUUCCCCCUAUAGCUGUCAUGUCUAUAUUCCUAUAGCUGUCAUGUCUGUAUUCCUCCUAUAGCUGUCAUGUCUGUAUUCCCCCUAUAGCUGUCAUGUCUGUAUUCCUCCUAUAGCUGUCAUGUCUGUAUUCCUCCUAUAGCUGUCAUGUCUGUAUUCCCCCUAUAGCUGUCAUGUCUGUAUUCCUCCUAUAGCUGUCAUGUCUGUAUUCCCCCUAUAGCUGUCAUGUCUGUAUUCCUCCUAUAGCUGUCAUGUCUGUAUUCCCCCUAUAGCUGUCAUGUCUGUAUUCCUCCUAUAGCUGUCAUGUCUGUAUUCCUCCUAUAGCUGUCAUGUCUGUAUUCCCCCUAUAGCUGUCAUGUCUGUAUUCCUCCUAUAGCUGUCAUGUCUGUAUUCCUCCUAUAGCUGUCAUGUCUGUAUUCCUAUAGCUGUCAUGUCUGUAUUCCCCCUAUAGCUGUCAUGUCUGUAUUCCCCCUAUAGCUGUCAUGUCUGUAUUCCCCCUAUAGCUGUCAUGUCUGUAUUCCCCCUAUAGCUGUCAUGUCUGUAUUCCCCCUAUAGCUGUCAUGUCUGUAUUCCUCCUAUAGCUGUCAUGUCUGUAUUCCCCCUAUAGCUGUCAUGUCUGUAUUCCCCCUAUAGCUGUCAUGUCUGUAUUCCUCCUAUAGCUGUCAUGUCUGUAUUCCUAUAGCUGUCAUGUCUGUAUUCCCCCUAUAGCUGUCAUGUCUGUAUUCCUCCUAUAGCUGUCAUGUCUGUAUUCCUAUAGCUGUCAUGUCUGUAUUCCCCCUAUAGCUGUCAUGUCUAUAUUCCUAUAGCUGUCAUGUCUGUAUUCCCCCUAUAGCUGUCAUGUCUGUAUUCCUCCUAUAGCUGUCAUGUCUGUAUUCCUAUAGCUGUCAUGUCUGUAUUCCUCCUAUAGCUGUCAUGUCUGUAUUCCCCCUAUAGCUGUCAUGUCUGUAUUCCUCCUAUAGCUGUCAUGUCUCUAUUCCCCCUAUAGCUGUCAUGUCUGUAUUCCCCCUAUAGCUGUCAUGUCUGUAUUCCUCCUAUAGCUGUCAUGUCUGUAUUCCCCCUAUAGCUGUCAUGUCUGUAUUCCUCCUAUAGCUGUCAUGUAUGUAUUCCUAUAGCUGUCAUGUCUGUAUUCCCCCUAUAGCUGUCAUGUCUGUAUUCCUCCUAUAGCUGUCAUGUCUGUAUUCCCCCUAUAGCUGUCAUGUCUGUAUUCCCCCUAUAGCUGUCAUGUCUGUAUUCCCCCUAUAGCUGUCAUGUCUGUAUUCCUCCUAUAGCUGUCAUGUCUGUAUUCCCCCUAUAGCUGUCAUGUCUCUAUUCCCCCUAUAGCUGUCAUGUCUGUAUUCCCCCUAUAGCUGUCAUGUCUGUAUUCCUCCUAUAGCUGUCAUGUCUGUAUUCCCCCUAUAGCUGUCAUGUCUGUAUUCCUCCUAUAGCUGUCAUGUCUAUAUUCCUAUAUCUGUCAUGUCUGUAUUCCCCCUAUAGCUGUCAUGUCUGUAUUCCUAUAGCUGUCAUGUCUGUAUUCCCCCUAUAGCUGUCAUGUCUGUAUUCCUCCUAUAGCUGUCAUGUCUAUAUUCCUAUAUCUGUCAUGUCUGUAUUCCCCCUAUAGCUGUCAUGUCUGUAUUCAUAUAGCUGUCAUGUCUGUAUUCCCCCUAUAGCUGUCAUGUCUAUAUUCCUAUAUCUGUCAUGUCUGUAUUCCCCCUAUAGCUGUCAUGUCUAUAUUCCUAUAUCUGUCAUGUCUGUAUUCCCCCUAUAGCUGUCAUGUCUAUAUUCCUAUAUCUGUCAUGUCUGUAUUCCCCCUAUAGCUGUCAUGUCUAUAUUCCUAUAUCUGUCAUGUCUGUAUUCCCCCUAUAGCUGUCAUGUCUGUAUUCCUAUAGCUGUCAUGUCUGUAUUCCCCCUAUAGCUGUCAUGUCUAUAUUCCUAUAUCUGUCAUGUCUGUAUUCCCCCUAUAGCUGUCAUGUCUGUAUUCCUAUAGCUGUCAUGUCUGUAUUCCUCCUAUAGCUGUCAUGUCUAUAUUCCUAUAUCUGUCAUGUCUGUAUUCCCCCUAUAGCUGUCAUGUCUGUAUUCCUAUAGCUGUCAUGUCUGUAUUCCCCCUAUAGCUGUCAUGUCUGUAUUCCUCCUAUAGCUGUCAUGUCUAUAUUCCUAUAUCUGUCAUGUCUGUAUUCCCCCUAUAGCUGUCAUGUCUGUAUUCCUAUAGCUGUCAUGUCUGUAUUCCCCCUAUAGCUGUCAUGUCUGUAUUCCCCCUAUAGCUGUCAUGUCUGUAUUCCUAUAGCUGUCAUGUCUGUAUUCCCCCUAUAGCUGUCAUGUCUGUAUUCCUAUAGCUGUCAUGUCUGUAUUCCCCCUAUAGCUGUCAUGUCUGUAUUCCUCCUAUAGCUGUCAUGUCUGUAUUCCCCCUAUAGCUGUCAUGUCUGUAUUCCUAUAGCUGUCAUGUCUGUAUUCCUCCUAUAGCUGUCAUGUCUGUAUUCCCCCUAUAGCUGUCAUGUCUGUAUUCCUCCUAUAGCUGUCAUGUCUGUAUUCCUAUAGCUGUCAUGUCUGUAUUCCUAUAGCUGUCAUGUCUGUAUUCCCCCUAUAGCUGUCAUGUCUAUAUUCCUAUAGCUGUCAUGUCUGUAUUCCUCCUAUAGCUGUCAUGUCUGUAUUCCCCCUAUAGCUGUCAUGUCUGUAUUCCUCCUAUAGCUGUCAUGUCUGUAUUCCUCCUAUAGCUGUCAUGUCUGUAUUCCCCCUAUAGCUGUCAUGUCUGUAUUCCUCCUAUAGCUGUCAUGUCUGUAUUCCCCCUAUAGCUGUCAUGUCUGUAUUCCUCCUAUAGCUGUCAUGUCUGUAUUCCCCCUAUAGCUGUCAUGUCUGUAUUCCUCCUAUAGCUGUCAUGUCUGUAUUCCUCCUAUAGCUGUCAUGUCUGUAUUCCCCCUAUAGCUGUCAUGUCUGUAUUCCUCCUAUUGCUGUCAUGUCUGUAUUCCUAUAGCUGUCAUGUCUGUAUUCCCCCUAUAGCUGUCAUGUCUGUAUUCCUCCUAUAGCUGUCAUGUCUGUAUUCCUAUAGCUGUCAUGUCUGUAUUCCCCCUAUAGCUGUCAUGUCUAUAUUCCUAUAGCUGUCAUGUCUGUAUUCCUCCUAUAGCUGUCAUGUCUGUAUUCCCCCUAUAGCUGUCAUGUCUGUAUUCCUCCUAUAGCUGUCAUGUCUGUAUUCCUCCUAUAGCUGUCAUGUCUGUAUUCCCCCUAUAGCUGUCAUGUCUGUAUUCCUCCUAUAGCUGUCAUGUCUGUAUUCCCCCUAUAGCUGUCAUGUCUGUAUUCCUAUAGCUGUCAUGUCUGUAUUCCCCCUAUAGCUGUCAUGUCUGUAUUCCUCCUAUAGCUGUCAUGUCUGUAUUCCCCCUAUAGCUGUCAUGUCUGUAUUCCCCCUAUAGCUGUCAUGUCUGUAUUCCUCCUAUAGCUGUCAUGUCUGUAUUCCUAUAGCUGUCAUGUCUGUAUUCCUAUAGCUGUCAUGUCUGUAUUCCCCCUAUAGCUGUCAUGUCUAUAUUCCUAUAGCUGUCAUGUCUGUAUUCCUCCUAUAGCUGUCAUGUCUGUAUUCCCCCUAUAGCUGUCAUGUCUGUAUUCCUCCUAUAGCUGUCAUGUCUGUAUUCCUCCUAUAGCUGUCAUGUCUGUAUUCCCCCUAUAGCUGUCAUGUCUGUAUUCCUCCUAUAGCUGUCAUGUCUGUAUUCCCCCUAUAGCUGUCAUGUCUGUAUUCCUCCUAUAGCUGUCAUGUCUGUAUUCCCCCUAUAGCUGUCAUGUCUGUAUUCCUCCUAUAGCUGUCAUGUCUGUAUUCCUCCUAUAGCUGUCAUGUCUGUAUUCCCCCUAUAGCUGUCAUGUCUGUAUUCCUCCUAUAGCUGUCAUGUCUGUAUUCCUAUAGCUGUCAUGUCUGUAUUCCUCCUAUAGCUGUCAUGUCUGUAUUCCUCCUAUAGCUGUCAUGUCUGUAUUCCUAUAGCUGUCAUGUCUGUAUUCCUAUAGCUGUCAUGUCUGUAUUCCCCCUAUAGCUGUCAUGUCUGUAUUCCCCCUAUAGCUGUCAUGUCUGUAUUCCUCCUAUAGCUGUCAUGUCUGUAUUCCCCCUAUACCUGUCAUGUCUGUAUUCCCCCUAUAGCUGUCAUGUCUGUAUUCCUAUAGCUGUCAUGUCUGUAUUCCCCCUAUAGCUGUCAUGUCUGUAUUCCCCCUAUAGCUGUCAUGUCUGUAUUCCCCCUAUAGCUGUCAUGUCUGUAUUCCCCCUAUAGCUGUCAUGUCUGUAUUCCCCCUAUAGCUGUCAUGUCUGUAUUCCUAUAGCUGUCAUGUCUGUAUUCCCCCUAUAGCUGUCAUGUCUGUAUUCCCCCUAUAGCUGUCAUGUCUGUAUUCCUAUAGCUGUCAUGUCUGUAUUCCCCAUAUAGCUGUCAUGUCUGUAUUCCCCCUAUAGCUGUCAUUCAUGUCUGUAUUCCCCAUAUAGCUGUCAUGUCUGUAUUCCCCCUAUAGCUGCCAUGUCUGUAUUCCCCCUAUAGCUGUCAUGUCUGUAUUCCUCCUAUAGCUGUCAUGUCUGUAUUCCUAUAGCUGUCAUGUCUGUAUUCCCCCUAUAGCUGUCAUGUCUGUAUUCCUCCUAUAGCUGUCAUGUCUGUAUUCCUAUAGCUGUCAUGUCUGUAUUCCUAUAGCUGUCAUGUGUGUAUUCCCCCUAUAGCUGUCAUGUCUGUAUUCCCCCUAUAGCUGUCAUGUCUGUAUUCCCCCUAUAGCUGUCAUGUCUGUAUUCCUAUAGCUGUCAUGUCUGUAUUCCCCCUAUAGCUGUCAUGUCUGUAUUCCCCCUAUAGCUGUCAUGUCUGUAUUCCCCCUAUAGCUGUCAUGUCUGUAUUCCUAUAGCUGUCAUGUCUGUAUUCCCCCUAUAGCUGUCAUGUCUGUAUUCCCCCUAUAGCUGUCAUGUCUGUAUUCCCCCUAUAGCUGUCAUGUCUGUAUUCCUAUAGCUGUCAUGUCUGUAUUCCCCCUAUAGCUGUCAUGUCUGUAUUCCCCCUAUAGCUGUCAUGUCUGUAUUCCUAUAGCUGUCAUGUCUGUAUUCCCCAUAUAGCUGUCAUGUCUGUAUUCCCCCUAUAGCUGUCAUUCAUGUCUGUAUUCCCCCUAUAGCUGUCAUGUCUGUAUUCCCCCUAUAGCUGUCAUGUCUGUAUUCCCCCUAUAGCUGUCAUGUCUGUAUUCCUCCUAUAGCUGUCAUGUCUGUAUUCCCCCUAUAGCUGUCAUGUCUGUAUUCCCCCUAUAGCUGUCAUGUCUGUAUUCCCCCUAUAGCUGUCAUGUCUGUAUUCCUAUAGCUGUCAUGUGUGUAUUCCUAUAGCUGUCAUGUCUGUAUUCCCCCUAUAGCUGUCAUGGCUGUAUUCCCCCUAUAGCUAUCAUGUCUGUAUUCCCCCUAUAGCUGUCAUGUCUGUAUUCCUCCUAUAGCUGUCAUGGCUGUAUUCCCCCUAUAGCUAUCAUGUCUGUAUUCCCCCUAUAGCUGUCAUGUCUGUAUUCCUCCUAUAGCUGUCAUGGCUGUAUUCCCCCUAUAGCUAUCAUGUCUGUAUUCCCCCUAUAGCUGUCAUGUCUGUAUUCCCCCUAUAGCUGUCAUGUCUGUAUUCCCCCUAUAGCUGUCAUGUCUGUAUUCCCCCUAUAGCUGUCAUGUCUGUAUUCCCCUUAUAGCUGUCAUGUCUGUAUUCCUAUAGCUGUCAUGUCUGUAUUCCUCCUAUAGCUGUCAUGUCUGUAUUCCUCCUAUAGCUGUCAUGCCUGUAUUCCCCCUAUAGCUGUCAUGCCUGUAUUCCCCCUAUAGCUGUCAUGCCUGUAUUCCCCCUAUAGCUGUCAUGUCUGUAUUCCCCCUAUAGCUGUCAUGUCUGUAUUCCUAUAGCUGUCAUGUCUGUAUUCCACCUAUAGCUGUCAUGUCUGUAUUCCCCCUAUAGCUGUCAUGUCUGUAUUCCCCCUAUAGCUGUCAUUUCUGUAUUCCUCCUAUAGCUGUCAUGUCUGUAUUCCCCCUAUAGCUGUCAUGUCUGUAUUCCCCCUAUCGCUGUCAUGUCUGUAUUCCCCCUAUAGCUGUCAUGUCUGUAUUCCCCCUAUAGCUGUCAUGUCUGUAUUCCCCCUAUAGCUGUCAUGUCUGUAUUCCUAUAGCUGUCAUGUCUGUAUUCCCCUUAUAGCUGUCAUGUAUGUAUUCCUAUAGCUGUCAUGUCUGUAUUCCUCCUAUAGCUGUCAUGUCUGUAUUCCUCCUAUAGCUGUCAUGCCUGUAUUCCCCCUAUAGCUGUCAUGCCUGUAUUCCCCCUAUAGCUGUCAUGUCUGUAUUCCCCCUAUAGCUGUCAUGUCUGUAUUCCCCCUAUAGCUGUCAUGUCUGUAUUCCCCCUAUAGCUGUCAUGUCUGUAUUCCUCCUAUAGCUGUCAUGUCUGUAUUCCCCCUAUAGCUGUCAUGUCUGUAUUCCCCCUAUAGCUGUCAUGUCUGUAUUCCCCCUAUAGCUGUCAUGUCUGUAUUCCUAUAGCUGUCAUGUCUGUAUUCCCCCUAUAGCUGUCAUGUCUGUAUUCCCCCUAUAGCUGUCAUGUCUCUAUUCCCCCUAUAGCUGUCAUGUCUGUAUUUCUAUAGCUGUCAUGUCUGUAUUCCCCAUAUAUCUGUCAGUUCUGUCUUACCUGAUGAAGUAGAAGGCCAUGAGCAGUGCUGUCCCCAGCAGGGCUCCCACUAUGAUCCCAGUAACAGCAGAUACUCCUAGUCCACCUGCUUGGAGAGGAAGGGGGAGGCUAUUAGUUAGGCUAACAGCACCUCAGCUACACAUCUGUGUUACACUAUUCUUUAACUUGAUUGGCCAGAUGGGUGGGGUUUGCCCUUAGGGGACGACAUCAGACAAAUACCUGCAUGCUUGAGCUGAAUACCUGCAUGCUUGAGCUGAAUACCUGCAGGCUUGAGCUGAAUAACUUUAGGCUUGAGCUGAAUACCUUUAGGCUUGAGCUGAAUACCUUUAGGCUUGAGCUGAAUACCUUUAGGCUUGAGCUGAAUACCUGCAGGCUUGAGCUGAAUACCUGCAGGCUUGAGCUGAAUACCUGCAGGCUUGAGCUCCUGUUUGUUUUAUUAGCUCUAAAGUAUUGUAGAGCUCCUGCACCUGAAUAUAAACAGUACCGGCACCUAUUUCAGUCCCAUGUCAAGCACUGAACCUCUACAGAAAACAUCUGAGACAAAACAAUGGGUGUUUCAAUCUCAUGGCUUGAUGUGUGUAGACAGAGAGAGAAGCUGUAGAGGUCAUUUACAUGAUGUGUCUGGCAGGUCUGCGUGGUGCACUCUGUGCCGUCCUCUCAGGGUGAAGUGUUCCGGGUUGAACACCGGAAGCAUCUGGAAACUCUCGUUCACACCAAAGUAGUUACACACAGUCUGAAAACACACAGACACCAAAGUAAUUAGCUACACACCUCUGAAACAAGAACAGUCAACCUCAAUCAAACUCAUACAAUCUCAUACUCCGUUAACAUUUUCCUGUUGGCUGUCACUCAAAAAGAAAAAACAUUUUUAAAAAAGGUCCAUAAAUAUAAAGUAUUGAUCAUUAAGAUCAUAUUACAGAAUCAAAAAGUAACAAUACAACCAGUAUGCAAAGGAAAAUAAACUAAAAGAAGUGAGCCUCCACCCCCAACCCCCAUCCCAUUCCCCCAACCUCCCAUCCCAUUCCCCCAACCCCCAUCCCAUUCCCCCAACCUCCCAUCCCAUCCCAUUCCCCCAACCUCCCAUCCCAUUCCCCCAACCUCCCAUCCCAUUCCUCCAACAUCCCAUCCCUCCAGCAUCCAAACCAUUCCUCCAACCUCCCAUCCCAUUCCCCCAACCUCCCAUCCCUCCAACCUCCCAUCCCAUCCCAUUCCCCUAACCUCCCAUCCCAUCCCUCCAACCUCCCAUCCCAUCCCAUUCCCCUAACCUCCCAUCCUAUUCCUCCAACCUCCCAUCCCAUUCCUCCAACCUCCCAUCCCAUUCCCCCAACCUCCCAUCCCAUUCCCCCAACCUCCCAUCCCAUUCCCCCAAUGUCCCAUUCCCCCAACAUCCCAUCCCAUUCCUCCAACCUCCCAUCCCAUUCCUCCAACGUCCCAUCCCAUUCCCCCAACCUCCCAUCCCAUUCUCCCAAAAUCCCAUCCCAUUCCCCCAACGUUCCAUUCCCCCAACAUCCCAUCCCAUUCCCCCAACGUCUCAUUCCCCCAACCAACGUCUCAUUCCCCCAACCUCCCAUCCCAUUCUCCCAAAGUCCCAUCCCAUUCCCCCAAUGUCCCAUUUCCCCAACAUCCCAUCCCAUUCCUCCAACCUCCCAUCCCAUUCCUCCAACGUCCCAUCCCAUUCCCCCAACCUCCCAUCCCAUUCUCCCAAAAUCCCAUCCCAUUCCCCCAACGUUCCAUUCCCCCAACAUCCCAUCCCAUUCCCCCAACGUCUCAUUCCCCCAACCUCCCAUCCCAUUCUCCCAAAGUCCCAUCCCAUUCCCCCAAUGUCCCAUUUCCCCAACAUCCCAUCCCAUUCCCCCAACGUCCCAUCCCAUUCCUUCAACCUCCCAUCCCAUUCCUCCAACCUCCCAUCCCAUUCCACCAACCUCCCAUCCCUCCAACAUCCCAUCCAAUCAAUCAAUCAAUCAAUCAAAUUCAUUUAUAAAGCCCUUUUUACAUCAGCAGAUGUCACAAAGUGCUAUACAGAAAACCCAGCCUAAAACCCCAAACCGCAAGCAAUGCUGAUGUAGAAGCAUGGUGGCUAGGGAAAAACUCCCUAGAAAGCCAGAAACUUAGGAAGAAACCUAGAGAGGAACCAGGCUCUGAGGGGUGGCCAGUCCCCUUCUGGCUGUGCCGGGUGGAGAUUAUAACAGUACAUGGCCAUUAAGGCCAUCUUUUUCUCCAAGAUGUUCAAACGUUUAUAGAUAACCAGCAGGGUCAAAUAAUAAUCACAGUGGUUGUAGAGGUUGCAACAGGUCAGUACAUCAGGAGUAAAUGUCACUUGGCUUUUCAUAGCCGGGCAUUUAGAGGUUGAAAUAGCAGGUGCGGUAGAGAGAGAGAGUUGAAAACAGAAGGUCUGGGACAAGAUAGCACGUCCGGUGAACAGGUCAGGGUUCCAUAGCCGCAGGCAGAAGAGUGGAAACUGGAGCAGCAGCACAACCAGGUGGACUGGGGACAGCCAGGAGUCAUCAGGCCAGGUAGUCCUGAGGCAUGGUCCUAGGGCUCAGGUCCUCCAAAGUCCCAUCCCAUUCCCCCAACCUCCCAUCCCAUUCCCCCAACCUCCCAUCCCAUUCUUCCAACGUCCCAUCCCAUUCCUCCAACAUCCCAUCCCAUUCCCUCAACAUCCCUUCCCAUUCCCCCAACCUCCCAUCCCAUCCCAUUCCCCCAACCUCCCAUCCCAUCCCAUCCCAUUCCCCCAACCUCCCAUCCCAUCCCAUCCCAUUCCCCCAACCUCCCAUCCCAUCCCAUUCCCCCAACGUCCCAUCCCAUUCCCCCAACCUCCCAUCCCAUCCCAUUCCCCCACCCUCCCAUCCCAUCCCAUCCCAUUCCCCCAACCUCCCAUCCCAUCCCAUUCCCCCAACCUCCCAUCCCAUCCCAUCCCAUUCCCCCAACCUCCCAUCCCAUCCCAUCCCAUUCCCCCAACCUCCCAUCCCAUCCCAUUCCCCCCAACAUCCCAUCCCAUUCCCCCCAACCUCCCAUCCCAUCCCAUUCCCCCAACCUCCCAUCCCAUCCCAUUCCCCCAACGUCCCAUCCCAUUCCCCCAACCUCCCAUCCCAUCCCAUUCCCCCAACCUCCCAUACGGUCUGUGAACAAACUUCAAAUGUAUAAAUUGAUGGUUCGGAUUACGAGAUGCCAAAGUCAUAUUUUUCCAUAUUCUGUUCUAAUUAACCUUUUACUGCAGUGGGCUAAAUCAGGGUCACACACAGUGUUUCUUGGUAGUCUUAAACAAAUCUACUUUGAAACAAAAGUAUACAUCACACACAUGGAUAUGGGCUUAGAAAAAAGAAGACACCUGUACCAUGUCAGAUAUAGAGUUGAAAUGUAUUCAAUUUUGAGUUUAUAUCCCUAUAUUACACUUUAUAUACACAUCACAGAAGACUGAAAUAUAACAAAACUGUUGGACAUAGAAACACUGUCAAGUUAUUUAAAAAGUAUCUUUAUUAAUUAUGAAAUUAUUAAAAACAUUAAUAACAUUCCACCCAUGAGGCCAAAGAGGGCGCUUUUGGGCAUAGACUGCAGGAAAGGGCUACAGGGUUGUUCAGAUUCACUUAGAUCUGUAGACCAUACUUUUUAAUGACUAGCUCAGAAUAUGAGCUUUACAAAAGUUGUUUAUACAGUGAGGGAAAAAAGUAUUUGAUCCCCUGCUGAUUUUGUACGUUUGCCCACUGACAAAGAAAUUAUCAGUCUAUCAUUUUAAUGGUAGGUUUAUUUGUACAGGGAGAGACAGAAUAACAACAACAAAAUCCAGAUAAAUGCAUGUCAAAAAUUUUAUAAAUUGAUUUGCAUUUUAAUAAGGGAAAUAAGUAUUUGACCCCUCUGCAAAACAUGACUUAGUACUUGGUGGCAAAACCCUUGUUGGCAAUCACAGAGGUCAGACGUUUCUUGUAGUUGGCCACCAGGUUUGCACACAUCUCAGGAGGGAUUUUGUCCCACUCCUCUUUGCAGAUCUUCUCCAAGUCUUUAAGGUUUCGAGGCUGACGUUUGGCAACUCGAACCUUCAGCUAACUCCACAGAUUUUCUAUGGGAUUAAGGUCUGGAGACUGGCUAGGCCACUCCAGGACCUUAAUGUGCUUCUUCUUGAGCCACUCCUUUGUUGCCUUGGCCGUGUGUUUUGGGUCAUUGUCAUGCUGGAAUACCCAUCCACGACCCAUUUUCAAUGCCCUGGCUGAGGGAAGGAGGUUCUCACCCAAGAUUUGACGGUACAUGGCCCCGUCCAUCGUCCCUUUGAUGCAGUGAAGUUGUCCUUUCCCCUUAGCAGAAAAACACCCCCAAAGCAUAAUGUUUCCACCUCCAUGUUUUACGGUGGGGAUGGUGUUAUUGGGGUCAUAGGCAGCAUUCCUCCUCCUCCAAACACGGCGAGUUGAGUUGAUGCCAAAGAGCUUGAUGUUGGUCUCAUCUGACCACAACACUUUCACCCAGUUCUCCUCUGAAUCAUUCAGAUGUUCAUUGGCAAACUUCAGACGGGCAUGUAUAUGUGCUUUCUUGAGCAGGGGGACCUUGCGGGCGCUGCAGGAUUUCAGUCCUUCACGGCGUAGUGUGCUACCAAUUGUUUUCUUGGUGACUAUGGUCCCAGCUGCCUUGAGAUCAUUGACAAGAUCCUCCUGUGUAGUUCUGGGCUGAUUCCUCACCGUUCCAUGAUCAUUGCAACUCCACGAGGUGAGAUCUUGCAUGGAGCCCCAGGCCGAUGGAGAUUGACAGUUAUUUUGUGUUUCUUCCAUUUGCGAAUAAUCGCACCAACUGUUGUCACCUUCUCACCAAGCUGCUUGGCGAUGGUCUUGUAGCCCAUUCCAGCCUUGUGUAGGUCUACAAUCUUGUCCCUGACAUCCUUGGAGAGCUCUUUGGCCUUGGCCAUGGUGGAGAGUUUUGAAUCUGAUUGAUUGAUUGCUUCUGUGGACAGGUGUCUUUUAUACAGGUAACAAACUGAGAUUAGGAGCACUCCCUUUAAGAGUGUGCUCCUAAUCUCAGCUCGUUACCUGUAUAAAAGACACCUGGGAGCCAGAAAUCUUUCUGAUUGAGAGGGGGUCAAAUACUUAUUUCCCUCAUUAAAAUGCAAAUCAAUUUAUAACAUUUUUGACAUGCGUUUUUCUGGAUUUUUUUGUUGUUAUUCUGUCUCUCACUGUUCAAAUAAACCUACCAUUAAAAUGAUAGACUGAUCAUUUCUUUGUCAGUGGGCAAACGUACAAAAUCAGCAGGGGAUCAAAUACUUUUUUCCCCUCACUGUAUACUAUGGAGAUCGGUCCUUUUGGGAGCCCAGAUAAUUGUUUCAUAAAUUCCAUCAUCGGAUGGUUCAGUAGUUGGGUUUCCCAAGGGACUCCACAGGCUAGCAUAGCUGACCUAAGUUGUAAAUAUAGAAAAAAGGAGUUGCCUGGUCAUGUGUAUGUGUCUUUCAAAUCUAAAUGUAAAUGUAAAAUCUUGGAAUUCUUUUCAAACCAUUACCAUCCAUGAUAUUGACAAGGGUACGGAUUCCACAUUUGGAACAUUGGGGGACGCAAAAGGCCGCCCUCCAGAUUGCAAAGCAUUGUUGUUAAAUAUUGGAGUAGGGGCACGCCAUUUUGAUUCCCAGUUACAUUGUUUUUCAAUGUACAGUCCUUUAUGAAGAGAAUCUAUAAGGGGUCAUUUGACAAAGCCAAAUGGCAUUAUAUGGUUUUAUCGGUCCACUGUGAAAGAUUUAAGCCAUCUAACAAACCCAUCUGAUGACUGGAGAUGCAGGAGGUUACAGGAUGAAGUUAUCUGUUAUUUUCUUAUAUCAUAGGUGUAGAGAAGGAGUGCUAUAGGUUCAGUUUGCUUUUUUAGAUUAUUAUUAAUAAGCGGGACCUGAUCCUAGAUCAGCACUCCUUGUCUGAGAUGCUAUACGAAUAAGGGCCCUGAUCAAGGGCCAUGCAGGAGGGUUAGGAUUAGCUUGAGGCCCUGUUCUGUUCUUACCUCAUAGGUGCCCGCCUCUGUGUUGGUCAUGCUCAUCACAGAGAAGUCUCCGUAUCUGUCCCCGUUGAAGUCCAUAGACACCUGGCCUGCGAUGCCUAGCCCCAGCAACCAGAGGACCAGCGGCAUGCAAAGAAUGGCAGAAAUAAUUAGCUACAAGAGCCCAACAUUCCAAGGAAAACAGAGAGCGGAGAGCAGAGUAGAGGAAUUCCGUCCCCCGGCCGACAUAACAGGAAAUCCCAUCUCUCCUCCCACCAUUUGUGUUGGCAGGCACUCCAACAAUUUUAAUUUCAUCCCUGCGCCUGUGUUCCCAAAUAUUUGGCAUUUAAAAAAUAUUAUUUAUUUUAACAAGAAAAUAUGACCCUGUUCUUGACGAUUCCUAUUGAACAAAACAUUGUUAUUUAAGAGCUGGCAAUGUGGCAUGGCCAGGGUACAUGUGCUCUGUAACUGGACUCUAAUCAUUGCAGAUGAAAGAGUUCUGUACUCAGUGUUGACUCUGACUCAUCUCCCUCCUAUUAGACAGCACUUUAAUUGUAGUCUGGGGAUAUGACAGGUCUGGGGAUAUGACAGGUCUGGGGAUAUGACAGGUCUGGGGAUAUGACUUUCUGGUUAACAGGUCUGGGGAUAUGACUUUCUAGUUAACAGGGCUGGGGAUAUGACUUUCUGGUUAACAGGGCUGGGGAUAUGACUUUCUGGUUAACAGGUCUGGGGAUAUGACUUUCUGGUUAACAGGGCUGGGGAUAUGACUUUCUAGUUAACAGGGCUGGGGAUAUGACAGGUCUGGGGAUAUAAUAUAAUAAUAAUAUGCCAUUUAGCAGACGCUUUUAUCCAAAGCGACUUACAGUCAUGCGUGCAUACAUUUUUGUGUAUGGGUGGUCCCGGGGAUCGAACCCACUACCUUGGCGUUUCAAGCGCCGUGCUCUACCAGCUGAGCUACAGAGGACCACGAUUAUUUGAAUGUUUAUUGAUUGAUGAUCCAAAAACAAACAAAGUCUUCACCUAGCAAAAUAUGUGUAAAGGAAAAAUGCAUAAAACAGGCAUUUCAUGAAGGGAGAAAUAAUAUAUGAUAAGUAAAACAGUAAAAUGGAACAGAGGGUUUAAAAAAAUACAAAUAUUAGAAUUUCCUCAAAUCAAUAGCAUCACUUACCAACGAAUCACAAUCAUUCACAUUGUACAGGAAACAUAAUGGAUAGUAAAACAAAAUCAACAACACACACACACACAGGGGCAAAUGGAUGAGGACAAAUAGAAGGCCUUGAAAUCAACAUGAAAUCCCCAGCCCUGGUUAACAGGGCUGGGGAUAUGACUUUCUAGUUAACAGGGCUGGGGAUAUGACUUUCUAGUUAACAGGGCUGGGGAUAUGACAGGUCUGGGGAUAUGACUUUCUGGUUAACAGGGCUGGGGAUAUGACUUUCUGGUUAACAGGGCUGGGGAUAUGACUUUCUAGUUAACAGGGCUGGGGAUAUGACAGGUCUGGGGAUAUGACUUUCUGGUUAACAGGGCUGGGGAUAUGACUUUCUAGUUAACAGGUCUGGGAUAUGACUUUCUGGUUAACAGGGCUGGGGAUAUGACUUUCUAGUUAACAGGGCUGGGGAUAUGACUUUCUAGUUAACAGGUCUGGGGAUAUGACUUUCUGGUUAACAGGGCUGGGGUAUGACUUUCUGGUUAACAGGGCUGGGGAUAUGACUUUCUAGUUAACAGGUCUGGGAUAUGACUUUCUGGUUCACAGGGCUGGGGAUAUGACUUUCUGGUUCACAGGGCUGGGGAUAUGACUUUCUGGUUAACAGGUCUGGGGAUAUGACUUUCUAGUUAACAGGGCUGGGGAUAUGACUUUCUGGUUAACAGGGCUGGGGAUAUGACUUUCUGGUUAACAGGUCUGGGGAUAUGACUUUCUAGUUAACAGGGCUGGGGAUAUGACUUUCUGGUUAACAGGGCUGGGGAUAUGACUUUCUGGUUAACAGGUCUGGGGAUAUGACUUUCUGGUUAACAGGGCUGGGGAUAUGACUUUCUAGUUAACAGGGCUGGGGAUAUGACAGGUCUGGGGAUAUGACUUUCUGGUUAACAGGGCUGGGGAUAUGACAGGUCUGGGGAUAUGACUUUCUGGUUCACAGGGCUGGGGAUAUGACUUUCUAGUUAACAGGGCUGGGGAUAUGACAGGUCUGGGGAUAUGACUUUCUGGUUAACAGGGCUGGGGAUAUGACUUUCUGGUUAACAGGGCUGGGGAUAUGACUUUCUAGUUAACAGGGCUGGGGAUAUGACUUUCUAGUUAACAGGGCUGGGGAUAUGACUUUCUGGUUAACAGGGCUGGGGAUAUGACUUUCUAGUUAACAGGGCUGGGGAUAUGACUUUCUAGUUAACAGGGCUGGGGAUAUGACUUUCUGGUUAACAGGGCUGGGGAUAUGACUUUCUGGUUAACAGGGCUGGGGCUAUGACUUUCUGGUUAACAGGGCUGGGGAUAUGACUUUCUGGUUAACAGGGCUGGGGAUAUGACUUUCUAGUUAACAGGUCUGGGAUAUGACUUUCUGGUUAACAGGGCUGGGGAUAUGACUUUCUAGUUAACAGGUCUGGGGCUAUGACUUUCUGGUUAACAGGGCUGGGGAUAUGACUUUCUGGUUAACAGGGCUGGGGAUAUAACUUUCUAGUUAACAGGUCUGGGAUAUGACUUUCUGGUUCACAGGGCUUGGGAUAUGACUUUCUGGUUCACAGGGCUGGGGAUAUGACUUUCUGGUUAACAGGUCUGGGGAUAUGACUUUCUAGUUAACAGGGCUGGGGAUAUGACUUUCUGGUUAACAGGGCUGGGGAUAUGACUUUCUGGUUAACAGGUCUGGGGAUAUGACUUUCUGGUUCACAGGGCUGGGGAUAUGACUUUCUAGUUAACAGGGCUGGGGAUAUGACAGGUCUGGGGAUAUGACUUUCUGGUUCACAGGGCUGGGGAUAUGACUUUCUAGUUAACAGGGCUGGGGAUGUGACAGGUCUGGGGAUAUGACUUUCUGGUUAACAGGGCUGGGGAUAUGACUUUCUGGUUAACAGGGCUGGGGAUAUGACUUUCUAGUUAACAGGGCUGGGGAUAUGACUUUCUAGUUAACAGGGCUGGGGAUAUGACUUUCUGGUUAACAGGGCUGGGGAUAUGACUUUCUAGUUAACAGGGCUGGGGAUAUGACUUUCUAGUUAACAGGGCUGGGGAUAUGACUUUCUGGUUAACAGGGCUGGGGAUAUGACUUUCUGGUUAACAUGGCUGGGGAUAUGACUUUCUGGUUAACAGGGCUGGGGAUAUGACUUUCUAGUUAACAGGUCUGGGAUAUGAAUUUCUGGUUAACAGGGCUGGGGAUAUGACUUUCUAGUUAACAGGUCUGGGAUAUGACUUUCUGGUUAACAGGGCUGGGGAUAUGACUUUCUAGUUAACAGGUCUGGGGCUAUGACUUUCUGGUUAACAGGGCUGGGGAUAUGACUUUCUGGUUAACAGGGCUGGGGAUAUGACUUUCUGGUUAACAGGGCUGGGGAUAUGACUUUCUAGUUAACAGGUCUGGGAUAUGACUUUCUGGUUAACAGGGCUGGGGAUAUGACUUUCUAGUUAACAGGUCUGGGGCUAUGACUUUCUGGUUAACAGGGCUGGGGAUAUGACUUUCUGGUUAACAGGGCUGGGGAUAUUACUUUCUAGUUAACAGGUCUGGGAUAUGACUUUCUGGUUCACAGGGCUGGGGAUAUGACUUUCUGGUUCACAGGGCUGGGGAUAUGACUUUCUGGUUAACAGGUCUGGGGAUAUGACUUUCUAGUUAACAGGGCUGGGGAUAUGACUUUCUGGUUAACAGGGCUGGGGAUAUGACUUUCUGGUUAACAGGUCUGGGGAUAUGACUUUCUGGUUCACAGGGCUGGGGAUAUGACUUUCUGGUUCACAGGGCUGGGGAUAUGACUUUCUGGUUAACAGGUCUGGGGAUAUGACUUUCUAGUUAACAGGGCUGGGGAUAUGACUUUCUGGUUAACAGGGCUGGGGAUAUGACUUUCUGGUUAACAGGUCUGGGGAUAUGACUUUCUGGUUAACAGGGCUGGGGAUAUGACUUUCUGGUUCACAGGGCUGGGGAUAUGACUUUCUAGUUAACAGGGCUGGGGAUAUGACAGGUCUGGGGAUAUGACUUUCUGGUUAACAGGGCUGGGGAUAUGACUUUCUGGUUAACAGGGCUGGGGAUAUGACUUUCUAGUUAACAGGUCUGGGGAUAUGACUUUCUAGUUAACAGGGCUGGGGAUAUGACUUUCUGGUUAACAGGGCUGGGGAUAUGACUUUCUGGUUCACAGGGCUGGGGAUAUGACUUUCUGGUUAACAGGGCUGGGGAUAUGACUUUCUGGUUCACAGGGCUGGGGAUAUGACUUUCUGGUUCACAGGGCUGGGGAUAUGACUUUCUGGUUAACAGGUCUGGGGAUAUGACUUUCUGGUUCACAGGGCUGGGGAUAUGACUUUCUGGUUAACAGGGCUGGGGAUAUGACUUUCUAGUUAACAGGUCUGGGGAUAUGACUUUCUAGUUAACAGGUCUGGGGAUAUUACUUUCUGGUUAACAGGUCUGGGGAUAUGUCUUUCUGGUUAACAGGUCUGGGGAUAUGACUUUGUAGUUAACAGGUCUGGGGAUAUGACUUUCUGGUUCACAGGGCUGGGGAUAUGACUUUCUGGUUAACAGGGCUGGGGAUAUGACUUUCUGGUUAACAGGGCUGGGGAUAUGACUUUCUGGUUAACAGGGCUGGGGAUAUGACUUUCUGGUUAACAGGGCUGGGGAUAUGACUUUCUGGUUAACAGGGCUGGGGAUAUGACUUUCUGGUUAACAGGUCUGGGGAUAUGACUUUCUGGUUAACAGGGCUGGGGAUACUAGCUGCUCACUCCAUAUUACACUCAGACAGAAUCACUGUGUAGGGAAUAGGGUGCCAUUUGGAAUAGGGUGCCAUUUGGAAUAGGGUGCCAUUUGGAAUAGGGUGCCAUUUGGAAUAGGGUGCCAUUUGGAAUAGGGUGCCAUUUGGGACUCAAAUGUAAUAAGGAGCAAAGAGUUUUUUUUUUUUUUUUACCUUCAAAUGUUCUGUUCCACAUGCGAUAUGUGAUCUCUGCUCCGUCCUUCUUGGUGAGGCCGUUUCUGAUGGCUUCGUGCAGCGCCAGAGCGUACAGCAGCAAUGCAUCAUGGAACCCUUCCACAAACAUGUUGAUCUGGAGGGGGACAACAGACAGGAAGAUUAUAAUAAUAAUAAUAGUCAUAAUAAUAAUUAAUGAAGAUAGUAAUGAAUGAAUGACAGAUUCAUCACUUAAAAAAGAAACCGACACAGAUAGUCCUUUCAUACUAUUACUGUCUUGCAGUUUGUCUCUGGCCUUCAAAUACUUUAGAGUGAUUAAUGAGAAGAAAACAUUGGACCCAAAUGCAAAGUCUCUUAGAUAGAUGCUUUCCUCUUUACUCAGGUUGUCAAGGCAGCUGCCAACAAUGAAGAAAGGGGGGAGGAGGGGGGGGGGGGGGGGGGGGGGGGGGGGGCGGUAACAGAAUGGCAGCCCGACCCCAGUCUGGUGAUAGUAGGGGAAACACUGAAUUCCAAUGCAUAAUGUAAUAUCUCAGAAUGAUGAUUCUGUAUUUAUAUCUAGUAUCGCAGAGUUGUAUGAUCUUCCACGCCAAUAACAAAGUAACACUGACAAUUAUGUGAAACUACUUUAGCCUGACUUUUGUUUUGUGUUUGUGGAAACAAACUUCCCACUGUUUAGCAUAUCAGUCAUAAUACACCACAGAAAAUCACUGUCAGGGUUUUCUUUUCACUGGGCAAUUUACAAUCUAAGUACCAGAAAAAUAAUGAGUUACUUUCCCAUACAGUCUCUUGCUAAACAAACAAUUUGGUUCAUAUUUGUUUUUCACAAGAAACCAACAAAGAUAUUGAAAUGUUUUCCAUUCCACUGUGUGAUACCCUUCUCAUAGCGUGGUCCUGCAUCGCAGUGCUAGCUGUGCCACUAGAGAUCCUGGUUCGAAUCCAGGCCGCGACCGGGUGACCCAUGGGGGUGGGGGCGGCGUCGUCCAGGGUAGGGGAGGGAAUGGCCGGCAGGGAUGUAGCUCAGUUGGUAGAGCAUGGCGUUUGCAACACCAGGGUUGUGGGUUCGAUUCCCACGGGGGGCCAGUAUGAAUUUUUUAUUUUUUAUUUUUUUAUAAUAAUGUAUGCACUCACUAACUGUAAGUCGCUCUGGAUAAGAGCGUCUGCUAAAUGACUAAAAUGUCAAAUGUAGAAGAACUGCAUGCUGCGUUCUAAUAGGUCACAUCAACAAGCUCUACUCUGAGCUGGAUGAUUCAUGGAGGAACCAAGGUUAAUCUCACCUCCAUUUUCCAAACAUAGUAAUCGGUUUUCUGAAAACAAUGUUCUCUUUAAUCAACUAUAGCUAUGUGUCUUCACUUCCCUUUCAGUAAUGAUCAAGAUCAACCAAACAUGGAUGAACGCGCCUUUCAGUAAUGAUCAAGAUCAACCAAACAUGGAUGAACGCGCCUUUCAGACCGUUCCUUCAAAACUUUCCCAUUGGCCGGCACAACGAACGAAAAAAUGACAUCACCCUUUUACUGUCUUCACUUUCCUCUAUAAAAAUGAAUAAUCAACCAUCACUGAACUGAACGCUUCUCGGUAGGAUCGUUCUCUUCAAUGCUCUUCAUUGCUAGACAAUUAUCUGCGUGCUGCCGAUAAUUAACACUAAUGGUUGACACCAUAAGAGCUGUGGAUACUGUGAGACUGACACUAAUAGUUGCCAGUGUGAUUGACUCCAUGUCUUCUCUAUCUAUCUAUCCAGUGCCCAAUCUAAACAGGAAGUAAUCUGUGCGCUGCAGAGGAAUGCCGCUCAGGGGGAACUCAGUGUAUUUACAUUCACCUUCAGCCCCACAGCGGCAGGGAACAGGCUGAUAUAG